AUGGCCGAUAGCACAGAUCCAGGCAGGCAUAAGGAUCCAACCAUAGAUGCCGGCGCUAGCAGUAGCGCGGAGGGACAUGGAGCUGAUGUGGGCAAGGACGUGCCCCCAAUACCAGCUGUUCGACGUCGCCAUGCGCAUGAGCAGAAAACGACGGAGAAUGUCGAGCAGGAAACCAAACAGCUGGAGACGUCCACAGUGACGCGCACGUACAUGAAGACCAUUACCACGUCAUUGACCACCUCCAGCAGCAGUCUCGAGCACUUGGAGACGCCACCGCAUCGCUUGCGCGAGAAGGUGGCCCAAUAUGAGAAGGUCUGGUCCGAUGGCAGUGGCAAGCGCCCCGCCGAACUGGGCACGGACGAGCUGCGUCAGCAGCAGACGGACGACUAUGAUGCGGAAAAUCCAUUCGAUAUUGAUGUGCAUGAAAUUGAGCGACGUUUGCGCGAGGAGCGACAACGCGGCCUGGCCGAAGCGGAGGCAGCCAAGCUGGCCUUUCAGCAGGUACACCUGCGCCAGACGACGCCGACACCGCGUCGCGUCGAGGUGACCAGCGAGCAGACGCCCAGUCCGUUUAAUGUCACCUUGAAGACCACCAGUCGGCUGAGUCCUGGCGCUGAGCUGGGCAAUGUUGAGGAGCAGCUGUCGCCUUUCAAUGUCACGCUUCGCACCACACGACGCACUGUGAAAAAGGACUUAUCCCGUCAAAUGGAGCUGGAGCGUUUCCUGGACGGGGAGCGUACGGUGCGCGAGGUGCAGGCGGCGGAUGGCGUGCGCACCAUUAUCACCUCCUCGAGGACCAGCGAUGGUGGCUAUACAGAUGAGAAGAUCUAUCGCCAUGGCGAAGGCUAUGUGUCGCCGCGCGAUUCGCCCUCCUGGUCGCGUUCCAGCAUCUCCAGCGAACGUUCGAGCGUCACCUCGCCGCACAGCGUCGACAUGACCGCGGGCGGCAGACGUAUAUUAAUCAAACUGGAGGAUGAACUGGAACCACAAGCAAGUGGAGCAGCCGGCUGUGAGCAUGGCGAGCAGCGCGAUGAAACUGACGGCUCGGUGCGCGCACGCAUUAGACAAUUUGGUGGGCAGGACGAGGAUGCCAUGGCAACCGGUAACAUUGACAUUACCGUGGGUAGCAACCCACGCAGGCGGCAGCGUUUGUACCAGCAAACAACAUUGCCGGAGCAACCGCAAAUGGCAACGCCGGACGAGGUAUUCAGUCCAGCUGCAACGUGCCAAUUGCGCGGUUCUUCGACGGAAGAAUCCCGUCAAAUUGUUAGCCACAAAACGAUAACCAGCACAAAAACAACAACAACAACAACUCAGUCGUCCGAUAGGUCCGAAAGGAAGUCCUCAACGUCGCGUAAAUCAAUCGGUUUCAAUUCCCCAAGCCCCUCGGGCAAUAUCUCGUUUACCGCCUCGCAAAUACGCAUCAGAGACGACGUCAACGUUGACGUCGAUGCGGACGUCAUCGAUAACGAUUCCGAUACUGAGGGUGUACCGGCCAGCAGUCUUGUGAUUGUGUCCACGCCCACGCGCUCCACAACGCCCUCAUCGGCGCACGCCUUGAGCGGCAUUGGUACUUUCAGCAAGAGUCUGCGUCAGGAUUAUCAGACUCAAGCGACACAAAGUAACCGCCACAACGAAUCCGAACACGAAUACCAGGAGUUCCAAUCCACCAUGGCGUCGAUCAAUUUCGCACGCAGCAAUUCCCAGUACGACAGUCACAUCAAGGAGAAACGAGAGGAGCAAGAACGUGUGCAGAAGAAGACAUUCACUAAUUGGAUUAAUUCAUACCUAUUGAAGCGUGUUCCACCGCUUCGUAUUGAUGAUUUAAUCAAUGAUUUACGUGAUGGUACGAAACUCAUUGCACUGCUCGAAGUGCUGUCCGGCGAACGAUUGCCCGUGGAGAAGGGACGCGUCUUGAGACGUCCACAUUUCCUCAGCAAUGCGAAUACGGCCCUACAAUUUUUAGCCAGCAAACGCAUCAAGUUGGUCAAUAUUAAUCCCGCAGAUCUGGUGGAUGGGAGACCACCAGUUGUGUUGGGUCUAAUAUGGACGAUCAUAUUGUACUUCCAGAUCGAGGAGAAUAGCCGCAACCUAGAAUAUUUGGGUCAUGGUAUUGGCGGUUCGGUUAGCUCCCUCGACAGUGUUGGCAAUCACAAGGCUGGCAGUGAUCUUAGGGCUGAGAAAUGGAAGCAAGGCGCCAAGAAAACGCUACUCAACUGGGUAACAAAUGCCUUGCCAAAAGACAUUGGUGUAGAGGUUAAGGAUUUCGGCGCCAGCUGGAGAGAUGGUGUCGCCUUCCUCGCACUUAUCGAUGCAAUUAAAGCGAAUCUGGUCAAUUUAGCUGAGCUAAAGAAGACCAGCAAUCGUCAGCGUUUGGAAACAGCUUUCGAUGUGGCCGAAAGCAAAUUGGGCAUUGCCAAACUAUUGGACGCUGAGGAUGUGGACGUACCCAAGCCGGAUGAGAAGAGCAUAAUGACAUAUGUGGCGCAAUUCUUGCACAAGUAUCCUGAACCAAAGGGUGCAUCCCGCGACGAGUCGCAUGUGCAACAAGAAGUGGACGAAUUGCGUCGUUUCCUUUUGGAAAAGACCACCGAAUACGAACCGAUGGUGAUGAUGAGUUCGUUUCCACGUGAUUUUGGUGAAUAUCUGCUGGCACGUUCUGAAGUCGAUGCACAUUUGCCUGCUUACAACCGCCUCAAGCAACUGAUUGAGAGUCAGAGCGGUUUUCUGCAGGUCUCACGCCAGGCGUGGGAUGAGAUCAAUGAGCUGUGGCAGCGUCUUCAAUACCAGAUGAUGUACUGGCUCUGGCUAUUGGACGCCGAGCUGCCUGGCGAUUUCGGCACUGUAGGCAAAUGGCUCGCCGAUGCCGAGAAAUUGCUCAUGGACAACGAUAUACCCAAUGCGAUGAAUGAGGAGACAGCCGCUGUGAUCAGUAGAAAGCUGGAGGAGCAUAAGCUGUUCUUUGCCGAUCUGCCGCGCAUUGUGGCCAUGUUUGACAAUGCCAAGCGCUCGCCCCAGGCCCAUCAGGUGCCCUUGGAGCAGCUGCGCAACAUGGAACGACGUCUGCAAGAGGUUGGACCCAAGGCCGCUGAGCGUAGAAUCCGCUUAAAAUUCCUUGAGCACAAAUGCUGCCUGAUUGCCUUCCUCAAUCUGGUGGAGAACAAAAUGCGUGGCUGGACUGGCAAGUACGGUCACGAGGAGAAGGUAGCCCAACAGCUGGAGCAGUAUAAGAACUUUGUAUCGCGCAACAAGAUCUUCCAAGAGUUCCAAAAGGCAUUCGUUGACAUGCAACAGGUGGUCGAGGAGUAUAAGCGUGAGGGCAAUGUUGCGCGCAAGGACAUCAACGAAAUUGAUCGCUUUAUGUAUGACACCGAGGAGCGCUGGAAGCGUGUCUCGAUGGAGCUGAAAUGCUGCCAAAACUCACUCGAGGAGGUGGUGAAUUGCUGGCGCAACUGGAAUCAAUUGGCGCCCAGCUGCGAGGAAUGGCUGCUGUUGGCCGAGCAGAAACUGAACCAAAGCGAAGACGAUCGCUUAGAGUUCUUCCAGGACAUCACCGUGUGGAAGGAUAAAUUCGAUGCCUUGGCCAAUGCCGCUAACUAUCUGAUUGCAUCCUGUGAGGAGCCCAUUGCUCAGCAGCUGCGUCAGCGUCAUGGCACCCUAGCCGAGCGCUUCGAGCGUCUUUUCGCCAAUACGAAGCAAUACAUGCAUGCUGGCGAUAUUAUACGCUCGCGCCAGGAGUACAAGUCUGGCAUCGAGAAGCUGUCCAGGUGGCUGCGUGGCGCGGAGAGCGUGCUAGAUCAGCGCCAAGUGCUGGGCAACAGCGAGCAGAUACGUCGCUAUGGCGAGCAACUGCAGCAGCUUGCCAGCGAAAUCGAUGACAACGAGGAGUUGUUCAAGACCAUCAGUCGCACCUUCCAGUCGCUCAUACAGGAUCUGUCACGCGAUGAGGUCGACAAAAUGAUGAAGCUGCUUAAGCAGGAGAAGGAGUCGCUGGUGCGCAUACGCGCCCAAAUGCCCGCCAAGCUGCAUCUGUUCCAUCAGCUGCAAAUUCAACAGGAGUCACUUGAGGCGGGCCAAAAGGAAAUUCAUCAAUGGCUGACCGAAGCCGAGCAGCUGCUAGGCACCCACAAUCUGGCCGGCGGACGUGAAUCAAUCAAUGAGCAACUGCACAAGCAUAAGACCUACUUUUCGCGCACCGUCUAUUAUCGCUCCAUGCUGGAGAGCAAGAACAAGGUGUUCCAGAAUUUGGUCAAAGCUGUGGCGGCCGAUGAUAAGAUCGAUACGGCUCCAGCAGCACAGCAGAUGCAGCAGCUGAACGAACGCUUCAAUUAUGUCAUACAGAAUGCAGGCAAAUGGGAGCAUCGUUUGGGCGAUGCAGCUGGCGGUUGGAGUAAUUUUAAGGAUAACGAACGCGUCGUUAACGAAUGGCUCACACGGGCCGAGUCCAUGCUUAUUGAGAAGCACAUUGAGUCAAAGACAACAAUUGAGACCCAAAAGUACUUCUUCGAGCAGGUCAACGAUCGUUGGAUGAACGAUCUGGUGCAAUCGGCACAGCAGCUGCUGAAUUCAUUGCCCAGCCAGGAGCAACCGGCUGUGGUGCAAAGUGUGGAGCAGCUGCAGUCUCGCUGGAAGAAUGUGCUUGGCCAAGCGCCAUUGCAUCUGCUCAAGCUGGAGUUCCGUCUGGACGAGAAUGCCUUCUAUCAAUCGUUGAAGGAUGUUGAGAAGGAGCUGCAGCUGGAGCAGCAGGCUCUCAAUCGCAAUGAAGAUGUGGACUCCAUUUUGCAACGUAACCAGCAAUUCCUGCUGCAACAGGACGCGGUGCCACGCUUGGAGAAGUGCUUGCAGAAUAUGCAGCGUCUGGCCCAAGCGCACAAACAACAGCAGCCCGGUGAUAUUAGCCUGGAUCAGGCUUAUGAUAACGCCAACGCGCAGUGGCAGAUAAUGUCCAGCAGAUUGGCCGAUAUGCGACAGACGUUGCAGCAAAUACCUGCCCAAUGGGAGGGCUAUCAUCUGAAAUUCAAUGAGAUGAUCAAUUGGAUGAACAGCGUAGAUCAGAGCCUUAAGAACAUUGUUAAUGAGGUCAACAGCAUGGAGGAGUUUGAAAAGGAGAAGGUUGUUUUCCAGAAAAUCUGCCAGGAUGCAGAUAACAAACGUGAGGACAUGAAGUGGCUGGUCAAAACGCUGGAUUCUCUGCUCAGCUAUGCCACCGAAGAUGAGGCUAAUCUGGAGCAAAAGAAACUUGAAGAUCUAAUUGCACGCUACAAGAACCUAAUCCCCACCAUUGAGAUAACUAUGGUCAAAACGGAGGUGUUCUCCAAGUGUUACACAUAUCGUCGCGAGGUGCACGAGGUUGUUUGCCUGUUGACCAAGGUCAAGGAUCAGACGGCCAAUAUCCCUGCACCCGAAAGUUUGGAACGCGUAAAUCGCCUAAUUGAGGAGCAACAGUAUGCCAUCAAUCAGCUCGAUCAUCAGCGGCCACAUAUUAUGUCCAUGCUCCAACGUGGACGCGAUCUUAGCAAGGAUGUGCAUGCACCAGCUUUCGUUAAUACCGAAGUCAAGAAUCUGGAGACCGGCUGGAAUCAGGCUUAUACCGAAACCUCCGAUAAACUACAAGCACUCAAGGGCACACAAGCAGUGUGGAGCGAGUUUGUCGAUCAGAAGAACGACAUCUUCUCCAUGCUGCAAACAGCUGAGACAGAGCUGCGCGCCCUCACACCACUCCAGACAGAUGCCAAAAAUGUUAGUCAAGACCUGAAAUCGAAGCGCGAUCUGAACGUGCAGCUGCAGCAGGCAUCCCACCAAUUGCUGCCCAAGCUACAUGCAUUAAAAGCGGAGCUGGCGCCACUGGCUGCCGCCGAUAAGCGGCCGAUACUCGAGAAGGAAGUGACUGAGGUAGAGAAGAUGUUCUUUAAUACCAUGGAGCAUGUCAAAGAUCGUGUGGGCUACCUGGAGGACUACAGUGCCAAGUGGAACAACUACAAGACGCGUCUAGCUGAGCUGCAGGAAUGGGCCAACAAAGUGGCACCCAAGAAUAUUGAAGCGCUACAAUCUGAGGAUUUGACACCCGAGGAGCGUGUUGUCAAGGUGCAGUCCUUCAAGCGUGUGCUGGGCGAGCGCAUGAAGCAGCUGGAUCUGUUGGCCGCUGAUGCAUCUGAGCUGGCCCCCAAGGAGGGCAACGUUGCCGAAGCGAAGCGUCUCAAGGGUGAAAUCUCCAAGUUGCAGGAGGUGCUCAGCGCCAUUAACCGCAAUGUGGACCAUCAGUCGCAGGCUGUGCAGGAGGAUCUGGUCAACUGGCAGCAAUUCCAGGCAGGAUUACAGCAAAUCAAGCCCGCCGUGGAGCAAAGCGAAGUCAAGGUAAAUAAUAUAGUUCCUAAACCAAUUACACUUGAAGAAGCCGUUGCCAUGCAACAAAAUGCCAAACAAUUUGAAACACAAUGCCUGGAGCAAUUGGACAAGCUCCAUGGCAUAUCAAACAUCAGUCAUAAAAUGUUAUGCAAAACCAAUGCCCCCGAUGAGUUAGAUGCCAUGCACUCCCGCUGGACAGCGGUCCAUGAAAAUGCCAAACAGGCGAGCGGUAAGCUCGAAAAGCUUGUUGCCAAUUGGAAAUCCUUCGACGGUGAUGCUGCCAAGCUGGAGGAUUGGAUUGAUCAGGGUGCACAGCAGAUGGGUAAGCGUCCGGCUGUGCUGAAUACACCGCACAUUGACAAGCUCGAAAAAGAGCUGGUCAAGCUAAAGUCCUUCAACAAUGAGAUAUCUCAGCAGCAGGCCAAAUUGGUUGCCCUUGGCCAAAAUGCCGAUCAAAUCAGCUUGCAUUUGGCGCCAGAGGGCGCUGUGGCUGUCAAGGAUCGCGUGAACAACAUGAAGGCUAAAUUACAGAAGCUUUCAGAGGCCACACGUGGCAACAUCAAUGAGGUUUCCGAUGCCAUUAUAUCGCGUCAGGACUUCAAUGCCAAAUUGGUCAACUUCUCCAACUGGAUGGAACAGUUGCGCAAUCAAGUCACCCAGGUUGAGGAAAUCAAUCCGGAACGUGUGGAGACUAGUUUGCAUGUCAUACACGCCUUGCUGCAGGAGCACGCCGAUAAGAAGCCCAGUUUUAAUGCCAUCUACGAUGAGGUCAAGCAGCUGGCCCUGGGUGCCACACCCGAAGAGUCCAAUGCACUGAAUGAUGCGUACACUGCCCUUGUGGUUAACUAUCAGAAUCUGGAGUCAAAUAUGCUGCAGAAGAAGGCCGCAUUGGAAAAAUGGACCGAGCUUUUGGGCUGGAAGCAUGAUACUGAAUCGCACUUGAACUAUUUGAAGCACCAGUUGGAAAAGCCCGAGGGACCAGCUGUCGAGGAGCUUAAGAAGGCCAUCGAUGAGAUUGAUCAUCUGGGCCAGGGUUUGAGCUACUGGAAGGGUCAAGCCAAGGAAAUCGAUGAGAAUCCGGCUAUACAAUUGCGCGAUGCACUCUCUCGCCGUCCGCUGAUAGCCACACAGAUUGUCAACGAUGUGGAAAAUAAGUUGGAAAAUCUGAAACUUCGCUCGCAAAAUCAGCAGCAACAACUGCAACAGAUGACUGUCCGUAAAGACAAAUUCCAUGCACUGGAGCAUAACUUUGGUCAGGCGCUGCAGGAGAAUCGCGCAAAACUUGAUCAGAUUCUUAAACAACAUCCCAAUCUGAACAACAUAGAUCAAAUCAUUGCUGAUCUUGUGGCGUUAAAUGAUGCGCUUAAGUACCAGGCGGAUCUUAAAAAUCGCAUACACGAUGAAGGGUCUCUACUGAUGCGUGAGGAUAUUGCAAGCAUGCCGGCCAUACAGGAGAGUCUACUGGUGCUGGAUAAGAACUACGAUUCGCUGCAAAAUGAAAUAUCGGAUCGUAUACAAAAAUAUAAUCUUAUCAGUCAAGCCUUGAGGGAGUACGCCGAAUCCAAGGACAAGUUCUCCAAGGAGCUAAAGAAAGCCGAAGAUUUGUUCAAUGCCAUACCCCAACAGCCGGGCGAUGAGACCGCGCUGCAUCAGGCCUCUGAGAAGACGCGCAAGACUAUGGAACAGUUGCGCAAGUCCAAGAUGAAUCUCGAUGAGCUCGAACGUCGCGGCAACAAUGUUGCCAAAUUGUUUUCAGCCAUUGGUGAGCCGGUGCCUCAAGAGGUUCCCCAAGAAGUUGCCGUUGCCAAGCAGCACUGGCAGGAUCUGCAUGAUAAGACGGCCAAAAAUGCCCAUAUCUACGAGACGGAGGCGGUUAUUUGGUCGCAAAUCGAAGAUGCCAAAAAGGAUCUGCUGCCUUGGCUGUCUGAAACCAACCAGGGUCUCUGCGAUGCGGCGGAUAAUUCAAUUGAAAUCGAAUUCGGACCCAUGCGUCUCAGCAAAUACCGCAACGAACUGCCUUCUUACCAAGCGCUCAGGGCUACAAUCCUCGAGAAAACCAACGACCUGGUCAAGAUAAACAAUGGUGUCGAAAUACCCGCCUUGAGCACACUUAAUCAGCUUCUCGGCGAACAAUUUGCCGAGGUGAGCAACAAUGCGGAGCGUCUGAGCGCUGUCACCACGUCCUUUGCUGACCAGGAGCAGGAGCUACGCAAACGCACCAAGAUUGCCGGCGAGCAGGUGAGUAAGCUGCGCGAACAGCUGAUCAAAUGCGAUGACAUGUCCGGCGAUAACAACAAGAUCAUGGAGCGCUUGCUGCAGUGUCGUGCACUGCGCGCUCAAUUGGAACAGAGUGGGAACGAAAUUGAGAAUAUCAAACAGAAUGUGGACGAACUGCGUAAUUUAUAUCCCACUUUCAAUGAGUCCAUCAUACCCAAGGAGCUGAACAAUGUUCAGAAACGCUACGAGGGCGUCGAUCUAUAUGCCAAGAAGAUCGAGAGCUCACUGCUGCAGUUCCUCAAAAAAUUCCAUGCGGAUAAGGUGGGCAUGCUGAAGCGCAUCAUAGUCACACAGCGCGAGAAGGUGGCCUGGUGUCAGCCGGAGUCCACUAGCGACAAGUAUAACCUGGAUGUGAAAAAAUCAUCGCUACAGGAGGUCAGCAAGAGCAUUGAUGACUGCAAAGCGCGUCAUGCGGAAACGCUGAAAUCCUUGGAAAUGCUUAAGGCCGUGGAAACGCCACAGAAUCUCGCCGAGCUUAACAGCGAUGCCGAGCUUAUGGGCAAGGAAAUGCAGGCGUUACAGGACAGCUUUGAUCGCAUCAAGGGCAUACUGGAUGAGAAUGUUGAUCUCUGGUCACAGUACGAACAGUCAAAUGAGCAAAUAUCCAACUGGCUGCGCGAUGUAGAAGGUCGCGUUAAAGCGGAGACAAGCAGUCAGGUUAAUUUGCCCGAGGUGCCGCAGAAACUACAAGAAUUGGCCAUACUGCAGCAGGAUGUGCUGGCACAUGAGCCUAUCAUCAGCGGCCUGGAGCAGACCUCACAUCAAUUGAUUGAAAAGAAUCCCGAGGCGCGUAUUGGACAAUUUGUUACGCAUUUGGUGCAGCGUUACCAGACGGUAGCCAAGAGCCUUGCCGGACACAUUGAUAAAAUACGCAGCGCUCAGUCGUCAAAUGCGAACUUUGCCAAGGCAUCUAAAGACUUUAAUGAAUGGUUUGGCGAUGCAAAGAUCGAGUUCCAGGAACUGGCCCGUAUGGGAUCCCCUGGCUCUUCGUCGGCCACCGCACAGCAAUUGCAGACCAUUAAAAACUAUCUGAAGACCUUUGACAAUGGUCAACUCUUGCUGAACAAUGCUGUGGAUAUUGGUGAGGCGCUUUAUCCAGUGGUUUCCCCUGAGAAUCGUGAACGCAUACGCGCCGAUCUACGCCAAAUGCGCGAGAAAUAUGAUUAUCUGCGCGAUGAGGCCAAUGCUCUGAUGCAACAGGUUGAGGGCGUGCUAAUACAAAAGACAUCCAUUGAGGAGAGCUACACUCAAGUGUCGCACUACCUCAACGAAUCUAAGGCCAAGGUCACUGCUGGCGACGAACUCUAUCCCACUUUGGCGGCCAAGAAAGCAGCUCUACAAAAUUAUAAAACACAGCUGCAGGAAAUUACAUUGCAUAAGAAUGCUCUAAAGCAACUGCACGACAAGGCGGUCACCCUUUGCGAUGAUGAGUCCGAGCGUAAAACGGAUGAGUCCAUACAGGAGUACAAUACGCUAUCCAAAAAGAUUUCAGAUCGCAUCAAUACCGUAGGCAAUCAGGUGGUCAAACACGAGGCUUAUGAUCAGGUGCUGGAGAAGGCACAAGAUUGGUUGAACACCAUCAAAUCAGAGGCAAUUGAUAUUUUGAACGAAACCACCUUCGAAAAAGAGGGCGCCGAGGAGAAACUGAUUGUUGUGGAGAAUUUGUUGCAGCAUAAGCCCGAGGGUGAUUCCAUAUUUGAUACGUGCCACAAGCUUUUGGAAACGGUUCUAACACAAACCCAUCCUAGCGGUCAUCCGGCGCUGCUGAAGGGCUUUGAGGAGCCGAAAAAUGCAUGGGAAGAGUUCAUGUCGCUCUGCCAGGACUCGCAGGUGAAACUGAAGCAGCUCUGCUCCAAGUGGGAUGAGUUUGACUCAGUCAUCGAUGAGCUCGACAACUGGAUGAAGAACGUCGAGGCUGUGGUAAAGAACCAGAACUUAAAGAGCACCGCCGAAGCAAAGGCUGCUCAUCUGAAGCAGCUCCAAGAUAAUGCCAAGGAUAUUGAGCGUCGCGGCGUAGCCAUAAAUGAGCUCAUGGAUCAGGGUCGUGAAAUCGAAGGUGAAACCGAUUUGAAUCUGAAACUCUCGCGUUUGAAUACACGCUAUCAGACACUGAAGAAUAUUUGCAAGGAGUCCAUCGCCAAGUAUGUCAACUAUGUUAAGGAUCACGACAGCUUUGACACGGACUAUGAAAAGUUUAAGCAAAAUUUGCAGACCUGCGCCAAUGAGCUGGCAAAGACCAAUGAAAUUGUCGGCGAUCAGAGCGUAUUGCAGGAUCAGCAAAACAAAUUGCGCGAAAUGUCUGACAAGCGCAUUGUGGAUUCCACUGUCUUUGAGAGUUUGAUUGACCGCGGCGAGAAACUCUACGGUCACACAAGUCCUGAAGGUCGUGAGAUUAUACGCCAACAGCUGCGCUCCCUGCGUACCAUGUGGGACAACUACACGGACGACCUAAACUCGGCUACGCAUAAGAUUGAUCAAUGUCUUCUGCAGUUCAAUGAGUUUAGCAUUGCUCAAGAUCAGCUAACCAAGUGGCUGAAGGAUGUGGACAAAGCCAUGCAGAGUCAUACCGAACCGAAAACGACGCUCCAGGAGAAGCGUGCACAACUGCAGAAUCACAAAUUGUUGCAUCAGGAGAUAACCACGCACAAUGUGCUCGUGGACAAUGUGUGCGACAAGGCGCAAAUACUAGUUGAUCAAAUAAAGGACAACUCCUUGAAUGUUUAUCUUCAGUCAAUCAAGCAACUCUUCCAGAAUAUUGUGAAAAAGUCCGAUGAAAUACUGCACAACCUGGAGAAUUGUGUGCAAAAGCACAGCGACCUAAACAAUGCGCUCAGUGGUGCCAAGGCCUGGAUAUCGAAUGAGAAAGCCAAACUGCUGGAAUGCGAUGAUUCGUACGGUGAAAAGGCAGAUAUAAAGCGUAAAAUUGAGACCCUUGGUCAAUUGGCUCAAAAUAAACCAACGGCCAUGAAUCUAAUUAGCGAAAUCCGUGCACAAUUCGAUAAUGUAAAACCCGCCACCUCGGAGAAGGGCAUUGAAGUGCUUGAGAAAGAAAUCGAUGAACUGGAGACUACAAUGAAGAGUCACUUCAACGACAUUGAGGGCAUUGAGGGCAAGCAAAAGGAUGUCCUGGCGCAGUGGGAUAAAUUUGAGCACAAUCUGGAAGAACUCACCAAGUGGUGUCGCAAUGCGGAAGCCGUAUUCCGCGAGCAACAGCUGAAGUCGACGUUGCAUGAAAAGGUUGAGCAAAUGGACAAAUAUAAAAUACAGCGGGAACUCAUACUGCAAAAGGAAAAGGAAAUCGAUGCAUUUGGAGAUACGGCACACGCUUUGCUCAACAACUGCGGUGCAGAUCGUCUGAAGACGUUGACAACGCAGAUCACAAAUCGUUAUCAACUGCUGCAGGUGUUGAGCAAAGAAGUGGUCAACCGCUGGUUCAAUCUGGUGGACGAUCAUCAGUUCUACCAAGACAAAUACAACGAGGUGGACUUGUGGCUGCAGCCCAUUGAGACGCAAUUGGAGAAGGCGCUCAAGGAUGAGCCCACGCAGAGCUCAAACAUUCUACAGGUUUUGCUUUCCGAGAGGGAGCAGGCCGAGAGCUUAUUUGGUGCAUUAAAUGCAGCUGGUGAAAAGGCCUUGCCGGAGACAUCCACUCAGGGUAGAGAAAAGAUACGCAAGGAUCUUCGUGACAUACGCGAUCGUUGGGAUAAGCUGGAUGAGGGCAUACGAAAUUUGGAAAAACGCCAAGAAGCACAAACCGUACAGCUUUCCAGCUACCAGGAUAUACUAGGUCAAACGGUCAACUGGCUGGAUCAGGUGGAGAAAUUACUGCACAAUGAGAAUCCAGCCAGCUGGACAAGCGCACAGGAAAUUCGUUCCAAGCUGUACAAAUACAAGGCCACCAACCAGGAUAUCAACUCGCACAAGCGCAUUGUGGAGGCUGUCAAUGAGAAGGCAGCAGCUCUCCUGACUAGCGCUGCGCCUGCCAAUGCUGAUGAGAUUGCCAAAUCUGUCGCUGAAGUAAACAAGCGUUAUGAGCAAGUUGGACAGGAUUGCGGCAAGCUGGUCGCUGAUCUAGAUGCCGCUUUCGAGGUGUAUCAGCAGUUCAGUGAGCUGCAGAAAGCACAGCAGGAUUCUCAGAAGAACCUGUGGGAUCGUCUGACCGGCUACUCCGACUACUCGGGCAAUAAGGCAGCAUUGCAAGCGCGUCUACAGAAGAUUAAUGAAAUCCAGGAUGCUUUGCCUGAAGGUGUUUCCAAGCUUAAAGCUCUUGAGGAACACAUUGAGAAGCAUGCCAGCAGCAUACCAGCUCGCUCAAAGGAAGCCAUGACACGCGAUUUAGCCAAUUUGCAUGCUGAUUUCGAAAAGUUCGGUGGUUCACUGACCGAUGUUAAGAGCGGCCUGGAGAACCGUCUACAGCAAUGGAAUGACUAUGAAGUUGACUUGGAUCGCCUGAUUAACUGGUUGGGCGAGGCUGAGAAUGCGCUCAAAAACUACAAUCUGAAAAACUCCUUUGAGGAAAAGGAAGAGCAGCUGAAUCGUUUCCAGUCAUUGACACAAAGCCUGCGUCAAAACGAAGCCGACUUUGAGAAAAUGAAGGAUGAUACCUCGGAACUUGUACAAAGCUCAGGAGAGACCAGAAUCGCAGUCAAUGUGCAACAAGUCUCCUCACGUUUCCAGUCUAUACAAGCCACGGCCAAGGAGAUACUCAAGAAAUGCGAACAAGCCGUUCAGGAUCACGGCCACUUCAACGAAAAGUACAAGCAAUGCGCCGAUUGGUUGGCUAACGCUCAGGCACGCUACGAUGACUGCAGCGAUUUGUCCUCGGUGGCAUCACGCGAUGAUCUCCUCAAGAAGCAGCUGGUCAUACAGGAGUUGCUGGCACAGCAGCCCACGGCUACGCAGCUACUGAACAGCACCGUGGAAUUGGGCGAGAAGUGCUACAGCUCAACGGCCACCGAAGGACGUGAGGCCAUACGCAGCCAAUUAGAUGAUCUGACCUUUGAUCAACUAUUUGAUAAUGUUGCCAGCACUGCGCGUAAGAUACAGGAUAAGAUUGCCAAGUGGUCCGGCUUUGAUGAGACUGCUGACAAGCUUAAGAGCUGGCUGGAUGAUGUGGAGCAUGAGUUGCCAGCUGAAAUUGAGCUGAAGACCACGUUGGACGAGAAGCGCAAUAAAUUGCAGGUCUAUCGUGACGUGCUCAACGAUAUCAACAAUCAUCAAGUAGAGGUUGGAAAUCUGCAAGAGAUUACAGCCAAUUUGCCUGAAAAGACUGAGCAUGUGGAUCAUAUUCUUAAGGAUAUAACCGAUCGUUUUGGCAAACUGCAAAAGCGCGCUCAGGGCUACGCGGAACGCUACGAGGGCAUUGUGAGUGCCCAUCAACAAUACUCCAAGGCCGUUAUGGAUGCUCAGGAGUUCAUUGAUGCCACAUUGAACACCGUGCACUACUGGGGCGAUCUUGAUUUGGAGCAAACUUCUCUGCACACUAAUCUAGAUCGUCUGAAGAACUUGAAGGCCAGCCUUGCGGAUGAGUUUCCACGCGUGGAUCAAGUGCGUGCGCUGGGCGAGAAGGUCAUACCCGGUACCAUUGAUGUGGGUCAGGUGAACAUUAAAUCUCAGAUCGAUACAACGCAACAGGAAUGGGAGGGUCUGCUAGCUGCCAUUGGCUCAACCAUCGAAGCCAUUGAGGCACGCCUGCAGCAAUGGUCCGAAUAUGAGCAGCUGCGCGAUCAGUGCUUGGCCUGGAUCCGUGACACCGACAAUGACUUGCAUGCCAUUGAUCUCAAAGAGGAUCUGCCAAAGAAGCGUGCGCAAUUGGAUACGCUGAAGGCACUGCAAGGCGAUGUCCGUGCCAAGGAAUUGGAAGUCGAUAAUGUUACCGAAAAAGCACAAACAUUGCUGAAGGGACCCACCUCGACUCGAUCAUCUGGGCCCGAAUUGGUCACUAAAUAUCAGCAAAUCUUCCACAAAGUCAAGGAUUUGAACAAUCGCUGGCAGCAAUACGUUACAUCGCACGAAGAUUUUGAUAACUCCAUCUCCGAGUGUGCAUCGUGGAUUAAUGGCAUAAAGGAAAAGCUGGACUACUGUUCAGACAUGUCCUCGAUGAGCCAGAAAGAACUGGACAAGAAGUUGGCCACCAUUCAAGAUGUGAUUCUACUUAAAGACGAGGGUUCUGCGCGAGUGCUUAAAAUCCUAGAACAGGCUCAACAUGUGCUCGCAAAUACCGCACCCGCUGGGCACGAGGCCAUAAACAAGGAGCUCUCAGAACUGCAGGAUCUCUGGUCCGGCAUUGCUUUGCGCAUUAUGGACGUAAAGGCUAACCUGGAUGAUUCCAUUACUCAAUGGUCUGGCUUCUUGGAUCAGGUGCAGAACGUGCGCAAGUUUAACGAAUGGCUAGAUGGUUUGCUCAAGGAAUUGGGCGAGCAUCAGACAACCAUGACGGAGAAACGCGCACAGCUAGAUCGUGUCAAGUCCACAGAGGAGAAGGUACGCGUGGAGAAGAUUGAUGUUGAUUCACUGAAGGUACAGGCUAAAGAAAUGAUAGCCAGCGGCCAACAGAGCCAGGCUGCGUUCCAGGCACAAAAAGUGCUGGAUACCUUCGAUGAAUUGUUUGCCAAGACACAGAAAUUGCUGUCGGAUCGCCAGGAUCAGUACAGAGAUCAUCGCCUGUUCAAGGAAGCCUAUGACGAUCUCGUUAGCUGGAUAAGUCGUGCACGCGAGAAAUUCCCCGCGCUGAAACAGAGCAGCCUAAGCGACAAGCUGGCCAUUGAGAAUGCCGUGCAGGCCACCGAGGCCCUCCUCAAUAAGCAGGCUCAGGGUGAACUACUUGUUGAGCAUUUGGUACACACUGGUGAGGUGGUUCUGGCAAGUACUUCGACGCAGGGCCAAGAGAUCAUACGCAAUGAUAUACGCGCACUACGUGAUAGCUUCGAAAGUUUGUUCCGCGAGAUCAAUCAGCAGAAAGAAAACUUGGAAGUUACCAUGGUGCAAUGGCGCGCAUAUAAAGAGGAGUAUGAACGCCUCAUGGAAUGGCUGCAACAGAUCGAUAUACUUGUGAAGAACCAUAAGCUGAACCUCUGUCCCAAUCUGCCCGACAAGGAGAAACAGGUGGCCGAUAUGCGCGAGGUCAUGUCGCGACUGGAAAAGGGCAAGGAUGAUAUCGAUAAAUUUAAUGCCUCCGCGGCAGGUCUACUUAAAUCGCAUCUGGAUAGCUAUGUCAACAAUCAGCUCAGACACUUGGGCUCCAUGUAUCAGGUACAGGUUAAUUUGGCGAAGGAUGUGCUAAAGAAGGUAGAGACUAAUCGCGAUCAGCAUCGCGAAUACGAUGCCAAUAUGAAGGCGGCUAGGGAAUGGAUAUCGAAUGCUAAGCAAACCAUUCAGUCCGCUGGCGAGGGUGCAGGCUCCAAGGAGGCCCUGCAACGUCGCCUGGAGCAAAUACAGGAUCUUAUACGCAAUCGUGAACUGGGCCAAAAUCUCGUUCACACAGCCAUCAACAAUGGCGAGAAGAUUAUACGCAAUACGCGCUCCGAUGGACGCGAUGCCAUUAAUAAUGAAAUGAAGGAGCUGCAGACCGAUUGGGAUCGACUUGUCAAGAAAAUGUCCACAGCCAAGGUGCAGUUGGAGACAAAUCUGCUGCAAUGGGCCGAUUACAGCUCCAGUUACACACAGUUGCAGCAAUGGAUUACCGACAGGGAGGCCAAGCUGCAGCAGGCGUGCGAGCAAAAGAUUGUUAAAUCCCAGAGGGGACAGCCGGGUCUCAGUAGCGGUCUGAGCGAGCGCAAGGCUAAUCUGCGCCAGACCAACAACAUUGUCCAGGAUAUUGUCUCGUUUGAGCCCAUGAUCCAAUCGGUAACCUCGAAGGCAUCCGACUUGCAGCAGGGUGCACCGGCCACAGAAAUCUCCGACAAAUACGAGAACCUUACCAAGCAGGCCAAGGAUCUUUAUGCCAAACAAAAGAACACUAUUGACAGCUACCAGGCGCUGAUCGAUGCAGGUAACGACUUUGCCUCUUGGCUGCGCAACGCCAAGGAAAGGUUGAGCAAGUGCUCCGAGCCAACGGGUGAUAAGCAAGCGCUGGCAGAGAAGACUCACCAGCUUAAGAUUCUGCAAGGUGAAGUUCCCGAGGGCUCAACAAAGCUGCAAAAUGCCUUGGCCCAGGGUGAGAUUGCCUGUCGCACCGCUGAGCCCGAGGAUUGUGCGAUCAUUGAAGAGGAAGUCGCACUUUUACAGGAGGAGUUUGAUGCUUAUGUGGAGGCGCUCAACAAGGCCAAGGAUUAUCUGGAGGUGGGCAUUGUCAAGUGGUCUGACUACCAGGAUCAGUACACCGAGGCGCUCGAGUGGUUGACCAAGACCGAAGCACUCGUGCAGUCCUACAACAAGCUCCAGGAUAGUCUUACGCAAAAGAAGGUGGUGCUUGAGGAAUUCCAGGGACAUCUGCAAACGCUAUUCGAUUGGCAGAAGACACUGGAUCACCUGAACAUGAAGGCUCAGGUGCUGCUGGAGACAUGCUCUGAUACGCGCAUCAGCAAUGCCAUCAUGCAGAUGACCACCAAAUACAACGCGCUGUUGACGCUGGCCAAGGAGGUCAUGCGACGCCUGGAGAUGCACUACCAGGAGCAUCAGCAGCAUCAUACGCUCUACGAGGAGUGCCAGUCGUGGAUCGAAAAGACACGUGAGAAGCUAGCCGAAUGCGAACAAAUACCCGGCACGUUGAACGAGGUGCAAAUUAAACUGAAUACUGUUAAGAAUUUGCGUCAAGGCUUUGAAACUGGACAGAACAAGCUGCGCUAUCUUCUGGAACUAAAGGAGAAGGUGAUUAUGAAUACCGAACAGAAUGGCGCAGCCAAAAUACAAGAGGACACCGAGGGCCUGAAACAGGACUUUGACAAGCUGCUUGUGGAUCUUAAUGAUGUGCGUCAGAAAUUGGCGAAUCGUCUGGCUCAGCUGGAGGAGAUUUUCAAGCUGUACAAGAUUCUGCUUGAAUGGCUGGAGGAUAUUGAGCCCAGUGUUAAGGCCAGCGAGGAGUAUUUGAAUGACUUGAGCGAAAAGCGUGCUGCACUGGAGAAAUUCCGUGUCACACAACGCGACAUCAAUGGACACAACGAUAUUGUGGAGAAGAUUAAUGUACGCUUGCGUGAGGACAAUAGCUUGGAUAAAAACGAUUUUGCGCCCGGUCUAAGCAAAUUCGAUGAUCUGCAAGGUCAAGUGAACAAGAUCAUUGAGUCGCUGGAGAAUCAGGUUAACAAUCACGAGAAAUACAAGCAGGCCUAUAAUGAGCUACAAGAUUGGCUGCGUCGCACACGCAUCGAGGUGGAGCAGUGCGCUGAUUGCCAUGGCGAAAAGGAUCAAGUGGAGGAUCGUCUCAAUCGUCUUGGCGACAUACAGUCCGCCUCCAUUGAGGGCAAAUCGCUGCUGGAAGCUUGCGAGGAGCUCAGCCAGGCGGUCAUAGCCACCAGCGGCAGCGAGGGCCAAGACAAUGUGGCCCAAGAGAUCAAGCACCUGAAUGGUGAAUGGGAAACGCUGCAGGCUCUGUCCCGAGAUGCGCGCAGCGAUCUUGAAAGCUGUCUCGCCGCUUGGCAGACAUUCCUGCAAAAGUUCAACAAGAUCAAUUUGUGGAUUGUAACAAUGAGCAAGCGCGUUGCCAAAUCACAGGAAGCCGACAAUAAAACCACCGAAGAUUUGGUCAAUGCCAAGAAACUACUCGAUGAGGUUCUGGCCGAGCGAGAAAAUGUCGAGGAUCUCAAUGACAACUGUGAGCUGCUCAUGGAGCAAAGCGCCUGCACUCGCAUACGCGAUCAAACCAUUGAGACUCAGGCCAAUUACACAAAACUGCUGACUUCUGCCCAGGGUCUGGUUGCCAAGAUCGAAAAGAAUCUGUCGGAUCACACCGAGUUCCUCAAUUACAAGAAGGAAAUGGAUGCCUGGAUAGAAAAGGCUCAGCAAGUACUCAACGAUUGCAGCAUCGAUGGUGAUGCUUCAGUUAUUGCACAAAAAUUGGAGACCGUCAAUUCAUUGGCCUCCCACUUGCCCGAGGGCCAGCAUUUGCUGGCCAUGGUGCAGGAUGCCUACUCGAAGGCCUCGAAUAUUACGCCCGAAGAUAAGCAGGAGAAGCUGCGUGAGUUGAUGACCACGGUACGCGAGGACUGGGAUGCAUUGGGUCUGGCUGUCAAGCAGAAGCUAACUGACUUGAAGCAGGCACAAAAUCGUUGGAACGAUUUCGCAGCCAACAAGGAUAAGCUCGAUAAAUGGCUGAUCGAAACAGAGAAGACGCUCAAGACAGCGCCCGAGACCAAGGGUGAGCUGAGCGAGAUGAAGACCCUGUUGGAGCGCUACAAGACGCUCGCCAAUGAGCUCAAGCAGAAGGGCAACGAUCUGGAGCAGCUUAUGUCGGAGGCACGCGAUCUGGGCACCGAGGUGGAUGCCGUCAACCGUUUGCAGUCGCGUUGUGAUAAGCUGAAGAACGACUGCGCCGGCUAUAUCAGAGAUCUGGAGCAGGAGAUGCUCGACUAUAAUGCAUAUCAUCAGAGCCUGCAGGAUGUGGAGAAAUGGCUGCUGCAAAUCUCGUUCCAGCUGAUGGCCCACAAUUCGCUCUUCAUUUCAAAUCGUGAACAAACGCAAGAGCAAAUUAAACAGCACGAGGCGCUGCUGGGCGAGAUCCAAAAGUAUCAGACCAAUUUGGAUGACCUGAAUGCCAAGGGUCAGGCACAAAUUAAACGCUAUGAGCCGACAACGCCUGGCAUACGGCCAACCGUGGAGUCACAGCUAAAGAACAUACAGGACAGCUACAAUUCGCUGCUGCAGACAUCUGUACAAAUCAAGAAUCGCCUGCUCGAGUCGCUGGCCAAGUUCCAGGAGUACGAGGACACGCUGGACAACAUCAUGCGCAAUCUGGAGGCCUAUGAGCCAAUCAUACAAACUGAACUGGACGCACCAGCCACGAGCUUGGAGUUGGCGCAGAAUCAGCUCAAGUGUGCCCAGGAUAUGCAAAAUAAACUGAACAAUGAAAAGUCUAGGCUGGCAGCAGCCGUCCAGGCAUGUGAAGCAGCCACAGCAUCCAUAAGCCGACCAAGCUCCCCCCUGGAGACAGCUAUGCAUGCCAUACCCGAACGCGAACUGAUCGUGCGCGCCAAGCUGGAAGAUCUGCUGGAUCAGGUGCAAUCCCACUUGGGUGGUUUGACUGCAUCCGUUGGCGAACUGGAGCAACAGCAGAAGCAGCGCGCCGAGCUGCAGGAUUGGGUCAAGCGGCAACAGAGCUCUGUCUCUGAUUGGCUAAUGCGACCAUGCAAGCUGCGUCCAGAGGCCGCACAGCAGGAACUGGUUGCCAUGAAUGAUCUAUUGAAUUCCAUUGGUGACAAGCGCUCGCAGCUGAUGCUCGAAAUGACAGGAUCACUGGGAGAUGAGGAUACGGAUCUGGAUGACAACAUUGACAAGCUGGAAUCGGAGCUCAUGGACGCGAUUGCCAAGAAGCAGGCGGGCCAAAAUGUCAUCGAUGGCUAUCGCCAGGGCAUGCAGGAUGUGCAGAACUGGUUUGAUACGUUGAUCAAGCGCAUGGAUGUGCUGGAUCGCGGCUCUGGCCUCAAUUGUGCCCAGAAAAUGGCAGCCAUCAAUGAGAUAAAGAACGAAUACGAGCUACAGGGCCAUCCCAAGAUACAGGAGCUCAAGGGCAAGGCCGCGCAGGUGGCUGAGGUUAUCAGCAAUCUGGAUGGGCAACAGGUGGAGGAGCAAAUGAAGUCGUUGGAUCGUCGCUUUGCCGAUCUGGGCAAGCGCAUUGAUCGCAAGGCGCAGCUGUUGGAUGUGACCAACAAGGGCGUGGAUGGUGCCAAGGGUGAAAUUGACCAACUGCAGCAAUGGGUGAAGCAGCAAAUCGAAGAGCUGCAAGCGCCAGCCGCACUGGGCUAUUCGCCCAAAGAUGCCGAGGCGCGCCAGCAAAAGAUCAAGAGCCUGAUGAAGGACGCGGAGGCAAAGCAAUCGCUGGCCGAUGUGCUGGACAAGCGCAUAGCCAACAUGCAGCCCGAACUGGAAUCGGCGGAAUAUGCCCAACUGGAGUCGGCGUUGCGUAACCUAAAUAGCGAGAAUCGCAAUUUGUCUGGAGUGCUAAAGGCUGAACUGGAUCGCGCCCUGGAGGCGAGCAAGGCACGCAAAGCGCUGGAGAACGAUCUGGACAAGGCGCGUCAAUGGCUGAAGGCCAAAAUCUCUGAGGUGCGCAAAUUGCCCGUGUAUCAUCCCCUCACCUCCGCUGAGAUUGAGAAGAAAAUCGCGGAGAAUAAGAAAUACGAUGAUGAUGCCAAGCAAUUCAAUGACAGCGUUCUCAGCGAUGUACAGCGCCAAGCGGCAAACAUCAUGAAGGAUUGUGGCGAUGCGGACAAGGCGGCGUUGCAACAAAUUCUGGAUGAAAUUGCCGCCGACUAUCAGACGCUCAAGGAUGAGAGCGGCAAGCGUGGCAAGUCCCUGGAUGAUCUGCUGCAGGGUCGCAAGGCCUUUGAGGACUCAAUGAAAAAGAUGGGCGACUGGCUGAACGAAAUGGAAACCGCAACCGAAAGUGAACUGCGCACCACCAGCCUGCCAGUGCUCGAGGAGCAGCUGGCCCACUACAAGAAGCUGCUGCAGAAUGCCGAUAAUAUGGGUGGACUGAUCAACGAUGUGUCCGAGCAGGGCAAGAGCAUUUUGCCCACGCUGAGCAAUGCGGACAAGCUGAAGCUCAACGACGACAUCAAGAACAUGAAGGAUCGCUAUGGACGCAUCAAGCAGACCAUCGAUGAUCGCGUCAAUGUGCUGGGUGAUCACAUCAAGAAGUACAAGGAUGCCAAGAACAGACUCGCCGAGUGCAGUCAAUUCCUGGGCAACAUACAGCAGCGUAUGCGCGAACUGAACCGACCCAUUGGCUCCCGAAUCGAGGAUGUGCAGGAUCUGCUGGGCGCCUAUGAGGGCAUACUGAAGGAGCUGAAGGAUACCAAACACAAAAUGGGCGACAUGCAAAUGGAUGAUCUGCCCGAAUUGCAGAGCAUUCUGACACAGCAGGACGAUAUGAUUAAAUUGAUUGAGGAUCAGUUGGCGCAUCUGCGCCAGCUGCUGAUGCUGCGCGAGCAAUUUAUUGCGCUGAUCAAUGAGAUAAUUGCCUUCAUUAUGAAGUACACAGAUGUCAUCAUCGACAUAGAGAACUCGCCAGACAGCCUCGAGGAUAAGAUCAAUAAAUAUGACGAUGUUAUCGUCAAGAUACAGGAAUGCGAGGGCCUCUUGGCGUCGGCCAACGAUAAGGGUCAGAAGAUUGCCUCCGAGGGCAAUGCUGCGGAUAAGAACAGCAUCACCGAGCAGCUGCAAUCCUUGAAGAAUCAGCUGCAGAAUCUACGCAAGGCCGUGGAAUCGCAGCGCCAGAAGCAUCAGCUACAGCUCGAAUCCCACAAGAAGAUGGCCGCUGAUCUGAGCGAAAUACUCGACUGGCUGCACAACAAUGAAGGCAUUGCCAAGUCCCGGCCCCUGCUCGAUCGCGAUCCCGAGUCCGUGGAGCGCGAACUCCAGAAGCAUCACGCCCUGAGCAAGGAUAUCGAUGCCCAACUGCAAAAGUUCAAUCGAAUCAACGAGAGCGUCAAAACGGAUGUGGGCAUGCCCAGCUCACUGCUGGAAAUGCUCUCCGAGGGUCGUUCACUGGUCGCCUCGCUGCCCCAUGAGCUGGAGGAGCGCGAAAAGUAUUUGAAGAACAAUCGCGACUCGCGUCUAGAGUAUAUGCAGCUGGUGGCCAAGUUCAACGAUUGGGUGCACGAGGCUGAGCUGCGUUUGCAGAACAGCCAGCAUGGCAUUGACUACGAGCAUCUGAUGCACGAUCUGGACGAGCACAAGAUCUUCUUUGGCAACGAAGCGCCCAUACGCAAUCUGGUGCACAAGCAAAUCCAGGAGGCAUCCGACAAGAUUUGGUCCUCGCUCAAAAGCUACGAGCAGUCCGAGCUGUCGGCCGAGCUAACACAGUUCCAGAACAAGCUGGCCAACACCUUGGCCAAUGCCAAGACCCAGCAAAGCGAACUGGAUAAGGAAGCGGAACGCUGGCGCGAAUAUCAACAGUCCAUCGAUCGCGUCAAGGCCACCAUUGAGCGCACCAAGUUCAACGAUGAGCCCGUCCAGAAUCUGGCUGGCCUGCACUUUAAUAUUCAGAAGUUGUCGCAUGCCAUUGGCAAUGUACAGAGCCAAAACAGUGACCUGUCGCUAGUGAAUCAGCAGGCGCAAUCGCUCAUACGCCAAGCGGACGCACGGAAUCGCCAACUGAUUGAGCAGGAUAACGCUGCCCUAAACCGUGACUGGCAGGACCUGGUGCAUAGCCUGGAGCAGAGGCGCGACAAGUUGCAACAGUUGGCCGAGCAUUGGGAUAGCUUUGAGAACGGCUUGCACGGCUGGGAGAAAGCAUUAGGUCGCUUGGAGGAUAAGUUCCGAAAUGUCGAUCCAACUGUAAGGUCGCGACGUCAUUUGGAAGAUACAAAGAAUGCCAUUCAGGAACUGCGUGAAGAAUCAAAUGAACUUAAAUCAUCACAUAAAGAAAUCGAGGCGCUCUCAAAAUCCAUCCUCACAUUCCUUGGGGAAGUACACAAACCCUCGGCGGAGGCCAUACAGGCCAAAGUGGAUAAGUUAGUCGAACAGCAAUCAAAAUUGAACGAUACGCUACGCGAUAAGGACCAACAGGUUAGCAAGGAUCUCGAGGAGAUCGAGCAAGUGUUCCGCCGCAUCUCACAGCUGCAGGACAAAUUGAACGCACUACACGAACAACUGCAGUCGGUACACGUCUACGACGAGCAUAUUGCCCAAACGGAACAGGUCCUCAUCACACUCAAUAGCCAGGUGCAGCAGGCCGGCGAGGAGAGUCGUGCGCUGAUUGCGCAAACCCAAGCGCUCUAUCAGACCAAACAGAAUCAGCUGCCCAGCGAUAUUGCCCAGGAAUUUACCGCACUUGAACUGUUAGCGGAACGCGUACAGGUGGCCAUGGAGACCAAAGAGAAGGAUUUCAAGCGCGCCAAGACCGUGCGCACCGACUAUUUGGCCGGUGUGGAUGAGAUCCAACGCUGGCUGCUGCAGGCCGAGGUCCAGGUGCAGGAGCGCACACUGGAGCCGACACAAAUGAAGGAGCUGCUGCAGCGCAUCAAUCAGGAAAUUGGCGCCAUCUAUGAACGAUUCACGCUGGUCAAGACCAACGGUCAGCUGAUCAUUGAGAACUGUCGCAACAGCGAGGAGAAGACGCUGGUGCAAUCGACCAUUGAUCAGCUGGCCGCGCAGCUAGCCCAAGUUCGUGGCUGGUUGGAUGAGAAGAAGCAGGCUGUUGGCGACAGCCUCGAUGCCUGGACACGGUUCAUGAAUCUGUAUCAGAUUGUCAUGUCCUGGGUGGCGGAUAAGCGCACGUUCAUUGAUCAAACCAUCGAGCUGCGCACCCUGCCCGAGGCCCGAACCAAACUGAACGACUAUGCGGCGGCUGUGAAGAGUAUUAAACCGAUUGUGAAGCAUUUGAGCGAAAUGGAUAAGGAACUGGAACACAUUGGUCAAGUGACGACCGUGGGCGAUCUCAAGGAUAAGCUGCAGCAGGCCGAGGAUGCGAAGAUAGCCGUGGAAGCAGUGCUGCUGGAGAGGAACUCACUGCUGCAGGAGGCCUGCGAGGAGUGGGAUCAAUGCGAGCGCAAGAUCAAGGACAUACGCGCCUGGCAUGAGAAGACCAAACAAACAUUGGACUCCUCGCCACAGCAAAAGAAGCCGCUGCGCGAUCAAUUGGGCUACUGUGAAAAGACUCUGGCCGACAUAAAUGUGCAAAAAACCAAACUGAGAUUGUCUAUUGAAAAACUGGAGGUACACUUCCGCAACGGCAUGGGCGGUGAUCCGCGCCUGAGCGAGAAUGUUGAUGAUUUGGUGCGCGUGCUCGAUGGUCUGGGCGAACUGGUCAAAGCCAAAUCUCAGAGUCUCGAGCAGACGCUAGCCCAAAUCGAUGUCUAUCAACAGCAAAUGCAAACGCUGCGCCAGCGUAUUAUACAGGAGGAGCAGCAGCUGCGUCUGGUCAUGGCGCCCACGUACUUGCCGCACGAUCGUGAGCGCGCAUUAGCCGAGCAACAGGCAAUGCGACAAUCAAUCGAUGGCAUGCAGCAAAACUACGACGCAUCCGCCGCCCAAUCCUAUGCUCUGGAUCCACAUUCAGUGGUAACCACUUCAUCGACUGUCUCGUUGCUUAUGAAGCCAACGGCAGUAGGUCUAACCUAUGCUGAAGUGUUAUCAGGACAUGCGAGUCCGGUAAGCGGUAAUGAAACGGCGACGAACCCCAGACACGAAAAGCAAGAAAAACCCGACACGACCACGACCCUGACAACGACAACGACAAGGCAACAACAACAACCACAACCACCACAAACGAACUCAAACCAGCAGCAAACGCAAAUCACAACAAAGACAACAACAACAUCUACAAUGACAACCACCGUACGCACGCACGAGGAUGAGCAAACGCAAGAGGAACCACUGACCACAGUGCUUUAUCAGCGGAAUCAACGUGUUUCACCACCCAGCAGCACCAAUGCCACGUCAGACUAUGAGGAUGCAUCAUUGAUGCCGGUUGUCGGUGCCACCCAAUUGAAAAUUGAAACGACCAGCAGCACCACAACAGUGGAUCAACCAGUUGCUAGCAUCGUCAGCAAUCCGAACAGUCAGUUUAUUGAAAUGGAGCGUAAUCAGCAGCAUUUGAACACGGGUAAGAAAUUGCAGCCACCGCGUCCCGAACGCCGUGGACGUUCGCCCAGACGCAGACGCGAACCACAAACCACAAUACAGGUGGAUACAACGACACAACUGGAACAGCAAUCCCAACCACAACAGCAGCAACAAUAUCAACACCAACACCAACAUCUUUAUCUGCCACACGAGGAUCGCGCGCGUUCACGUAGCCCCAUGUGGGUGCCGGGUUCCACAUCUUAUGCGGAGGUUUUGCGUGGCAUGGAAUUGGAGCGUUUGCAGGCCGAAGAGCUGGCGCGGCAAGCGGCUCAGCCGCAUACGGAUCUAACCAUACAGGAUGUGGUAGAUGCUAGCGCUGCAGCGGCCAACAUUUAUGUGCCACAAUCCGAACCGGAGCAGCAUCAACCGCAGCUGGAGCAGUUCAUUGGUGAGCCCAACACGGAGCUUAGCUAUGCUCAACUUGAUCAGAAGCAGCCGCAGCCGCAGCCGCAGCUGCCCAACUAUGAGGUGCCCAUGAGUGCGGAGGAGAUCACCGCCACCUACUUGCAGCCAGAUCCACAGCUAUAUCAGACAAUGUAUGAGAAUGUGGCCGAUAGCGGCCAGUGGGGCUAUGUUGCGGAGCAAAGUGGCGAGCCACAGCCCCAAAAUUAUUAUGAUCAGAUCAUGCAGAUGCAGUAUCCCAUACAAUAUCAGCCUGUGGCGGUACCACCAACAACAACGCAGUACCAGCUGCUAGCUUAUCAGCCAGUUGCUCAAGCGGAGACUUACCCCACGGUAUACACAACGGAGUCCUCACAGAUCUAUUAUGCCCAACAGCCGCAAGAGUACACGCAGGAAUAUGCCCAAGAGCAGCAGCAACAGCAGCAGCAGCAGCGGCAAACGGAAAUAAAUCAAUACGUGCCUGUCUAUCAACCAGAAAUUGUUGAUCAGGCUUAUCUGCUGGAGCCAUACCGCACGGAUGUAAAUCCGACAACCACAUCGACAACAGGUAAUAGCGUGCUUGAUCGUGUGGUAACUACUCUCGCAUCGAUGGUGCAACAAAGUGCGGAGCCUCUGACCACGUGCACCCAACAAAUACAGGCAACUAUUGUAACGCCACAUAAUACUCAGGAACAGGUGCCACCACCACAGGUGGUGUUCAUUGAGGAACAUGUGCAAAUGCUGCGACCUGUGGAGCCGCAAGAGUUUGAAAUGAAUGAGCCACGUCCCGACAUUACCUUUGGUCAGUUUGAUGUCGAUGCGAUUGAGACGAUACCCGUUGAAGUAUCUCAACCACAGCCUCAACUACAACAGCAACAACAGCCACAUCAGACCGUAACCACAACAAGAUAUGUGGAGGAAACGAUUAUCUCGCAACCGAUACAGCCAACUGUGAUAGCACAAACGAUUGUCGCAGCUCCAGAUAGUUUCGUCGUCCGUCCCCGAGUGCAACAGCCGAUUCAAAAUGUGUAUCAGCAACAACAAGAUAACAGUACUGGCAGCACCUAUGCCGAAGUGCUCUUUGGCCAACAGCAUAGAUCACAUCCAGUUUUCCAGCCAUCCAGUCAACAGCAACAGAUUCCAGUACGUGUAGCGGCACCCAUGUCGCAAAUUCGCAAUGCUGAACAUGCACCAACAACCACCACCACAAAGCAUACAACAAGCACUACGGUGAUUAAGAACCAGCACGGUAGGUGGACGGAAAAGUCCGAUGAAAACUCUGAGGCAAAGAUGCCGAAGCCAAAACGACAGCGACAUGAACCACAGCCUGAGCCAUUGCCCAUUAAGGUAAGCAGCAGGAAAGAUCACAAAACAGGUAGAAAACACAAAUCUCCAGAAACAAAUGGUGGGGCGCACAGUCAUGUGGAGAGUGUGCCUGCAUCAAAGGUAAUUUUCGUCGAGGAGAUGCACAAGCCGGAACCAAAAACCAGAAAAUCUAAAAAGAGCAAGCAUUCAUCUGAAAACUCUUCGGAAACAACGAUUUCAAACAAACAGAUUGUUGAGCCGGUCAGGGUAGCUUCUCCAGUUAAGGAGGAAAGGCAAACUGCAAAUGUUGUGGAAACGACAACAACCACAAAGAGAACAGCCAACCCGGUGGUUGAAUCCGUCAAACAAAAGGAGAAUCCCAUCGCAAUUGAACCCAAUGACCAAGCGUCUAAUAAGAAGGAUAAAAAGAAGUCUACGACUGUAGUCGAGACGACAACUAUUACGACGAAAUCGGUGGAGCCAAUUGUGAAGGCCACUAAAGAGGAAACUGUUCCUAUUGAACAGCCAAUUGUUGAUAUAGCUCCCAUUGUUACUGCUCCAUCAAGGAAGGACAAAAAGAAACCUAAAGCUCCUGUAGAAACUGCGAGUGUUUGGAAGAAAACAGUGGAUUUUAUUGGAUCAGUGAUCAAUCCAGCCGAACAUGUAGUAGAACCUACUGAUGAUUCCUCGCCAACUGUAUCGGUUCCAUCUAAAACUGAUGGAAGCAAGACAACAACUAUUGUGGAAACUACAACUACUACAACUUCUAAGAACGCAGUUGAGCCUAUCAAAGACGUCAUUAAACACCCAGACAUUGUUAUGGCACCCACUGCUGUUCCAACUCCCGCUGUGUCUACUCCAACUAAAAAGGGUAAAAAGAAGAUAAAUAAUGUCGAAAGCACGACCACUACGAUACCCGAUAAAACAGUUGAGCCUGUCAAGGACGUCGUGAAACCGACAGAAGCAUCAUCGAUCGUUGAACCCACUUCUGAUCAAACUCCAACUGCGCCCACUUCAGCUGAAAAAUAUGAAAAGGCAACAACUAUUGUUGAAACGGAGACCACAACUUUCGAGACCUCCGAGAAAACAGUUAAGCCUAUCGAAGAAGUUAUUAAAUCAACAGAAGAUGUACGUGUAGUGGAACCUAGUGCUGAUCCAAGUCCUGCUGUUUUCUCUCCAGCUAAAAAAGAUAAAAAGCAAUCUACAAAUAUUGUGGAAACUACGACUGUCGUAAAAAACACAGUGGAACCUCUUGUUGAAGUCACUAAGCAGACGGAGGUUUUACCCAUUGAAGAACCAGUUGUCGAAACAACAAUUACUAAGAUUGAGCCUGUUAUCGAAGUCGUGAAAGAAAGCGUUGUUGAAGAGAUUGUAAAACCAACAGCUGAAACUGCUUCUAAAAUCAAUUCUCCAACAAAGAAAGAUGGAAAACGUUCAAAGGUUACGGAGAAGCAAACAAUUACGGCGCAACCCGAAGUGAAGGCAGACGAAUCAAAUAAAAUCGAUAUUGUUCAGCAUGUUACCUUUACUGAACCUCUUGUUGUGGAGCCUGAGGAGACUGUUUAUAGAUCUACUCAAACAUUCGAGCCAACUACAGUAUCAAGUAUCGAAACGGAUGAAUCAAUACUAGAAAGCGAACCUGUAGUAACAACCUCUACCAACACGAUUUCCACAGAAAGCGGCACCACUACAAUUACUACCAGGACCAUAACAAAGCAUAUUACCAAGCGCAUAGUGAAGCGCAUUGUCGAUGGUAGAGAGGAAAUUGUUGAGGAAGAUGUAAUCGAUGAUUUGCCCGAAGAAAAUAUAUCCGUAGAGCAAUUCGACCUGCCUUUAAUGGAAACAACAAGUACAGUGCCUGGCAGCAUUAUCGUUCCUGGAAUAACUUCAGCUCAGGAUACAACUGUUGUUCAGGGCGGUUCCAUUACGAAAACUACAAUAACCAAGACGAAGCGUAUCCUUAAGCGCAUUACCGCCGAUGGAGAGGAAGUUGUCGAAGAAGUAUAUGAGGAUGAGCCCGAAGUGGAACGAGACAUAACAUUGCUUCCGACUACAGUGCUCACUACUAGGAACGUUACCGAACUGGAUCAGCCGGCUGGAUCACAAGAAGCUAUCCUCGAUGCUGCACAUCACGCUGUUGAAGAAAUUGUAAGCGAAGCCGAGAAAGUAAUUAUUUCCGAGCCACAAAAGCCACCGCGUAAGGAUAAAAAGGAACCGGUUGUCGCGGUUGAACCCGAGCAGAAACCACAAAAGCCCAGCAGAAAGGAUAAGAAGAAGAAACAAAAGAAAUCCGAAAGCGAGGAAAUCAUAGAAAAACCUGCAAGUCCCAUUGUGCAAAACGUAGCCGAAAUUAUCGAGCCACAAGCACCACUAGAAACCACAGAGCCCCUGAAUACAACAAGUGCAAUUACAACCGACGAGAAACAAACUCAGUCAUCCGAUGGAUCUGUUAUCAGCGAUGAUGGCAGUCUUAUCAAAACCACCGUCAUACGUACAACUAAAAUCGUGAAAAAGAUCAACCAACAAGAUAGUCAGGAAAUGUCCACGUCAACGUAUUCGGAUGUACCUUCGCUGGAUUCCUAUGAACUUGCCGAGGAAGCUGCAGAACAGCCCAAAGUAGAGAAGUCCGAAAUGAAUAGUCGUGAGGUUAGCGAUGAAGGUGUAGUUAAGACAACUAAAACCACGACCAUACGCACGAUCAAGAAUGCUAAGGCUGACGCUGAAAAAGAACCUGUCACCGAACCCGUUGGUGAUGUGGAGAUUUCACCCGAAACAAAAUCAUCUGUAGAGGCUAUACAAGCUGAUGACGAUUCGGUGCUAAAAACAACAAUUGUGCGUACAACGAAAAUAAUCAAGAAAAUUACGCAAGACUCUGACACUACCAGUGAUAACAGUAGUACAUCAGAGCCAGCCUUGGAAACAGUUGAAACCAUUAUUCAGGAGGCACCAAUAGUAGCCGAAUCGGUUACCACCGAAUCAAAUAGUGAGGGUAUUACGAAAACUAUAACCACGCGAACUACGAAGGCCGUAAAUAAGACAACAGUUGAGAGUGCAAAUGAGCCUGCAGCUCCCGAACCCGAACCAUCUGCUGAGCUACUACUCAUAACGCCGAAGCCUACAGAAGCGGUGAAGAGUAACAAUAUAAAGUCAACCACGCUUGAUUUCAUAGCCUCUGAAAAGCAAACUGCAGAGCCUGUACCCGAGAAAAAGUCGCGUAAAUCAAAGAAGCACAAUAAGCAGAAGGAAGCUCCAGUAGCGGCUGAGCCCAACCUAACUGAAGAGAUUCAAGACCUUGCUACAGUCCAAAAUGAACCUCAACAAGAUGUUAUAAUAACUGAGGCAUUAGUAUCUGAACCUCUCGAUGACAAUGUUGGAAGUGAUGUGGUUAAAACAACAAUCACGAGAACGACUAAGAUUGUUAAGAAGGUGGCACAAAAUGUUGAUAAUCAGAGCAUUAGCGAAAUUCAAGAUAAUCAGAAACCCGUUGAGCCCACGCUGGUUGCUGCUGAACCAAUUAAUGAGGAAGCUGGUGGUGUAACUAAAACAACAACCGUGCGUACGACGAAAAUUGUGAAGAAAAUGAACGAAGAUGGCGAAACAACAACAGAGAGCAGCACAACAAGUGAGCCAAUCACUGUGCGCGAGUCCUCUCCAACAAUAUCAGAAAUACCCAGUGAAACUUCAACUACAUCUAGUCAAAUUGAUGGGGCUAUAAUCAAGACAACGACAAUUCGUACAAUGCGUAUAACAAAGCGCAUUACAAAUGACGGACGUAUAGUUUUGACUGAAAGCGACACACCUAGCGAUGUUAUUGUUACAUCUAGUAUUGAAAUGCCCGAUCAAAGAUCAACAAGUCCCAUUGUAUCUUCGGGUACAAGGUCGGAGGCAGCUUCACCAGUUGUCACGACAAGCACCGAAACUAAAGUUGCUAAUGUUGGUGUCAAUAUUGAGUUGGGUAUUAAGGACACAGCAGGCAAAUCUGGUGUUAAGGUUGUAGAUAUUAAGACAACUGAACUACCGACUGUUAACACAGAACAUACUUCGUCGAACGGGGUAACUGAAACAGACCGCAUUGCCACUACAACUACGACAACUACCAAAAAUACAAUCCUUACAACGACACAACGACGUAGCUUCGAAACCGAAGAUGGCACAAAUGUUCUUUUCGUUGGGGAAGGCAUUGACGGAGCCUAUCCACCAGGCACUGUUCAGAAAAUUUCUUUAAUUACUCAUGAAGAGAAGCUAAAGACUCCUAUCGUGAAAAUGCACCUAGAUUUUCCGGAGGUUAGUCUGCGCGUUACUGAGACUGUGACUGAAAACGUAGAGUCCUUGCAGAGAACGGCCGAAACUAGUGCGACUUCCAUAGUUGAGUUUACAGACUCCAAGCCAGAAAUAGUUGAAGCGGUUGAGGUUAGCAUUUCAGAUUCUUUGAAACAGGAACAGGAAGAACAAGUUGCUAUGGCAGAUACGACAGAGCAGGUUGAUAAGCCGAAGGCAGUAGAAAAGAGUAGUGAACCCCCAUCUGACUUAAGUCCAGAAGAGCAAAAACUGUUCGAAGACAUUCAAAAGAAACUGUCAAAGAAAGAUAAGAAAAAACGACCCGCGAUUCCCGAAGAGUUCAUUAAGCAAGAAACAAUUCAGGUUCUCGUUGAAGAAAGUAAAGCGCAAUUAGUGCAGAAUAUUUGUCAAGAUCUAUCAUUGAUUUCGAAAGCAAAUACCACUGGGCACGCCAAGGCUGAAAUACUUUACCAUGAGAAAAUGCAAGAAACGCCUGAAAUUCCUCCUCAAAAUACUCAAGUAGAAACGCAAAUUGAUAUUCCAUGUGAAGCUCAGUUAUCCCCAGUCCCUACUAAUAUUGCUAAACAAAUUGCUCCUGCCAAGCCAAGCGCAUUAACUGCCGAAGCAUUUGUGGUUAACACGGUAAGCACUUCAAAUAUCACUAAUAUACAAACUCCUACUCCAGCUGAAAAGAUUUAUGAAAUUCCCAAAUACAAUUUAUCUCAAUUUAAUAUUGCUGAGAGUCAAUAUCACAUAAUUAAUUCUAAGCCCGUGAAUGUAGAAACUCUCUUACCUGCGUCAUCCAAUGAAGAGAACCAGACUGUUGAGACUUUACCGGUUGUGAGUACGGUUGAUUCUGUUAUUACGGAAACUGUGGUGGGUACCUCUUCCGAAAAUCUAAAACAAUUACCCACUGAAAAAGUAUAUGAAAUUCCCAAAUACAAUUUAUCUCAAUUUAACAUUGCUGAGAGUCAAUAUCACAUAAUCAAUUCUAAGCCUGUGAGUGUAGAAACUCCCUUACCUACGCCAUCCAAUGAAGAGAACCAGACUGUUGAGACUCUACCGGUUGUGAGUACGGUUGAAUCUGUUAUUACAGAAACUGUGGUGGCUACCUCUCCCGAAAAUCUGAAACCAAUUUCAACUGAAAAAGUAUAUGAAAUACCUAAGUACGAUAUACGUUUAUAUAAUAAUGCUGAGGGUUAUUAUCACAUAUACAAAACGAAAUCCGAAGAGACAUCAUUGCUUACACCAAGUGAUAAGCCACUCUCAAACGUUGAAGAGCACAUACCGCGCACUGAAGAGAUUUUACCAAUUCAAAGUUCCCCAACAACAGCCAUUACCACAACUGUGGAUACUUCUAAUGAGUUUGCACCUCAAAAACAAAAUAUUGAUGAUAUUCCUUCUGUCUACAACUUUGAAGUUCCAAAAUAUAACACUAUAGGCCAAAGCUACGCCGAAAAUCUAUACAGACAAAACCUAAACAAAUAUGAAGAAAUCCCAACACCGACUGCUCCUGAAACAUUUGAAGCAACAAUAGUCGAAUUAAGCGAGGUUCCAAUAGGACCGUCAACUAAUAUCAACAAUGUUAAAACAACUACCGUUCCUGAACGCGCUACUACAAAAACAGUCGUUGAGCCUGAAAAGGUUCUUGAAUCUUCCGUAUCAGAAGAUACCAAGACAACAGUUACAGUCACAACAACAACUACUGUCAAGGAAACUGUCAGCGAAUCUGUACUACCAGUUGAGCCAAAGGCUGUGGAACCGGAACAGAAACCCGAGGAGCCCAAGAAACCAGCAUAUGCUGGGCUGCCCGUAGAUGAGUCAAGCACUGCCUGGAUGGACGUCAUGGACGAGCCAAUGACUUUCUCAGACGAGGAAGAAGAACCAACCAAGGAAGCCCCAGUUGAAAAGGCACCUGUUCUUGAACCCAUUACAAUAACAACAACAGAAACAAUCAUUGAGCCAGAAAAGGUUCUUGAAUCUUCUGUGUCAGAAGACACCAAGACAACUGUUACAGUCACAACAACAACUACUGUGAAGGAAACUGUCAGCGAAUCUGUACUACCAGUUGAGCCAAGGGCUGUGGAACCCGAGAAGAAACCCGAGGAGCCCAAGAAACCAGCAUAUGCUGGGCUGCCAGUAGAUGAGUCAAGCACUGCCUGGAUGGACGUCAUGGACGAGCCAAUGACUUUCUCAGACGAGGAAGAAGAACCAACCAAGGAAGCCCCAGUUGAAAAGGCACCUGUUCUUGAACCCAUUACAAUAACAACAACAGAAACAUUCAUUGAGCCCGAAAAGGUUCUUGAAUCUUCUGUGUCAGAAGACACCAAGACAACUGUUACAGUCACAACAACAACUACUGUGAAGGAAACUGUCAGCGAAUCUGUACUACCAGUUGAGCCAAAGGCUGUGAAACCCGAGGAGCCCAAGAAACCAGCAUACGCUGGGCUGCCAGUAGAUGAGUCAAGCACUGCCUGGAUGGACGUCAUGGACGAGCCAAUGACUUUCUCAGACGAGGAAGAAGAACCAACCAAGGAAGCCCCAGUUGAAAAGGCACCUGUUCUUGAACCCAUUACAAUAACAACAACAGAAACAUUCAUUGAGCCCGAAAAGGUUCUUGAAUCUUCUGUGUCAGAAGACACCAAGACAACUGUUACAGUCACAACAACAACUACUGUGAAGGAAACUGUCAGCGAAUCUGUACUACCAGUUGAGCCAAAGGCUGUGAAACCCGAGGAGCCCAAGAAACCAGCAUACGCUGGGCUGCCAGUAGAUGAGUCAAGCACUGCCUGGAUGGACGUCAUGGACGAACCAAUGAUAUUCUCUGAUGAAGAAGAACCAGCCAAGGAAGCCCCAGUUGAAAAGGUACCUAUUCCUGAACCCGUUACAACGGUUACAGUCACAACAACAACUACUGUGAAGGAAACUGUCAGCGAAUCUGUACUACCAGUUGAGCCAAAGGCUGUGGAACCCGAGAAGAAACCCGAGGAGCCUAAGAAACCAGCAUAUGCUGGUCUGCCCGUAGAUGAGUCAAGCACUGCCUGGAUGGACGUCAUGGACGAACCAAUGACAUUCUCUGACGAAGAAGAACAAACCAAGGAAGCCCCAGUUGAAACGGAAGCUGUUUCUGAACCCAUUACAAUAACAACUACAGAAACAUUCACUGAGCCCGAAAAGGUUCUUGAAUCUACGGUGUCAGACGACACCAAGACAACUGUUACAGUCACAACAACAACUACUGUGAAUGAAACUGUCAGCGAAUCUGUACUACCAGUUGAGCCAAAGGCUGUGGCACCCGAGAAGAAACCCGAGGAGCCCAAGAAACCGGCAUAUGCUGGCCUGCCCGUAGAUGAGUCAAGCACUGCCUGGAUGGACGUCAUGGACGAGCCAAUGACUUUCUCUGACGAAGAAGAAGAACCAAGCAAGGUAGCCCUAGUUGAGACGGCACCUAUUCCUGAACCCAUUGCAAUAACAACAACAGAAACAUUCACUGAACCAGAAAGGGUUCUUGAAUCUUCUGUGUCAGAAGACACCAAGACAACAGUUACAGUCACAACAACAACUACUGUAAAGGAAACGUUCAGUGAAGCUCAAGAGAAACACAGUGAACCUGAAAAGAGUCCAGUCUAUUCCAGCUUGACACUUGAGGGGCCAAUUGAUACAUGGUCUAGCGUCUUGGAGGAAUCCGCCCCAAGCUCAGGAAGUAUUGUUUUCACGUCAACGUUAUCUGCCGAUGCUCCGGAGUUUACGCCUUCCUAUCUUAGGCAUGCAUAUGCCGAUCAAACACACACAUUCCUUGCCAAUGAGAGAGUUUAUAACGAAUUCAUUCCACGAAGUAGAGCAGAGCAAUCGAUCCCAGUUACAAAGAAGCCGAAGAAAGUAAAACCAGCUAAGCGUCCAAAGAAACCGGCUGAAGAGACUCAAGAAGAUCCAAUUAUUCCUCCAGUUCCGCCGACAUUUGUUUUAGAUUCAGAUCAGACAGUUGAGCCAAGUGUGUGGGAAAGUAAUCGAGACGGAAAGUCCUACGCAGAUGUUUUGUUUAGCUCAAGCGAUAGUAGUGAGACACAAGCUUCUGAAAAGCCUGUAAUUGUACAAGGACCAAAACAAGACGUAGUUAAGUCCUUGCCAAAGACUGAUAAGCCAAAGGAGCAUAAGAAGAAGCAAAAUCAAGAAAAACAGAAGCCUGCGGAAUAUAUCCAAGAAAGUUUGAGCACUGGCUCCUCAAAGCCUGCCACCACAAGCUCCAAGGAACCAUCAUCUGACGAGCAGGACGUUGUAAAAACAUCUGAAAUGAGCUGGUCUGCUUUAGUUCAAAGACCUGGUGAAUGGACCGAUAACACACUAGUCCAAAAGAAAGCAUUGCAUCCAGACACUAUACCAGAUGACAAGAAACCCAAAAAGGAAGAGAAACCAGAACGAAAACCUACCAAAACAAAGAAAUCUAAAAAAUCAAAGAAACCGAUUCAAGAUCAAACUUCGACCACUUCUGAGGAUGAAAAGAAUGAACCUGAAUUACCAACGACUUUGACUCAUACAAAGACAAUAAUAAAAGCGGAGACAAUGAAAAAACCAGAGGAAAAUCUGGAACCCCAAAAAUCUCAGGAGCCCGAAACCAGCGGCUUUUCGUGGGCUUCGCUUGUAAAAAGACCAGGGGAGUGGGUUGACACAACUGUGACCCAUAUUAAGACUGCAUUGACAACUUCAACGGAAAAAGUAGAACCAGAUCGUCAUGAACAAGAAAAACCACGCAAGAGUCGGCAACAAAAGAAGAUAGAACGAAUCGAGCCUAAAAAACAACAAGUACCAGAAAAAGAGGAAACCAUAUCUAAAUCAACUCUUAAGAAAGAGGUUCCAAUCGAAAGUGAACCAGAAAAGCAGACAAUUGUUGAAAAGCCGGCGGCAAGUACUACUGAUACGUUUUCUUGGGCAGCUUUGCUUAAAAAGCCUGGUGAUUUCGUAGAUGACAUAGCCUCCCGCAAAAAGCCAACUGCCAUUGCGAAAGAGGAACCAAAACCAGAACUUAAGUCGCGGAAAGAACGUAAGGCUCCCAAGAAAGUAUUUAGGACCGAAACAGAUGAAAAGAAAACGACCGAGCCUAAGUCUAGAAAGGUGGAAAGUAAUGUUGUCUCAACAUCUGAUGACAGUGAUGUCAUUGAGACGUCAUCAUCUCCAACUCAUGAAAGCGAGGUGACAACUUGGGCCAAGAUCGCCAGUCAAAUAGAUAAAAUGACUGAUUUGCCACCCAAGGAAAAGCAGGAGGUUAAACAAAAGUUAGCAGAGCCUGUAAGACACCAUGUGAAAGUAGAUCGUACUGAAAAGAAAAAGGCAUCAGCAAAGGAAAACACUCGUCACCAAGAUCAACACACCGGCUCUUGGGCUUCAGUUGUAAGCCAGAAAACUAUUGACUUUAUAGAAACGGAGAAGGUGAUUCCAAAGUCAGUUGCUGUUAAAAAGGCAGAAAUAUCUGUGGAGCCUCAGUUAGUUUCUGAAUUCCCAUCAGCCGGCAUUCCUGACAACCUCGAAGACAAAACACAUAAGUCGUGGGCUGAUAUGAUUGAUGACGGUGCUGAUGAUUUUGUUGUCGAGCACAAAUCCUGGAAAGAAUUAAUUGAAGAAGAAGUGGAAAUUCCUCUCCUUGCUGAAAAUGGAGAUGAAGCGAACAUUAAUAAAAUAAUCGACACCAUCCAAGAAAUGAAAUCUGAUAUUUCUCUAAAGGAGGAGCCCACCCAAAAGCCUUCGGCUGUUUCCAAAAAACCUAGGGAAGCGGUCAACAAAUCUGCAGUACCAGAAACAUCAAGCGACAUUCAACGACAUUCAACUGAACCUGAAAUGGUUCUCGUCUCGUCUAUUCCUGAAGACACAACAACAGCUAUAACAGUCACAACAACAACAACUACUGUGAAGGAAACUGUCUGCGAAUCUAUACCACCUGUAGAGCCUCAGGUUGUGGAACCCGAGAAGAAACUCGAGGAGCCCAAGAAACCAGCGUAUGCUGGCCUGCCCGUUGAUGAGUCAAGCUCCGCCUGGAUGGACGUCAUGGACGAGCCAAUGACAUUCUCUGACGAAGAAAAAGAACCAUCCAAGGAAGCCCCAGUGGAAAAGGCACCUGAGCCAGUUACAACAUCAACUACAGAGACAGUCAUGGAAUCUUCUGUGUCAGAAGACACCAAUACAACUGUUACAGUCACAACAACAACUACUGUGAAGGAAACUGUUAGCGAAUCUAUAGUACCAGUAGAGGCAAAAUCUGUGGAACCGGAGAAGAAACCCGAGGAGCACAAGAAACCAGCUUACGCUGGCCUGCCCGUAGAUGAGUCUAGCACUGCCUGGAUGGACGUCAUGGACGAGCCAAUGACUUUCUCAGACGAGGAAGAAGAACCAACCAAGGAAGCCCCAGUUGAAAAGGCACCUAUUCCUGAACCCACUACAAUAACAACAACAGAAACAUUCACUGAGCCAGAAAAGGUUCUUGAAUCUUCUGUGUCAGAAGACACCAAGACAACUGUUACAGUCACAACAACAACUACUUUCAAGGAAACUGUCAGCGAAUCUGUACUACCAGUUGAGCCAAAGGCUGUGGAACACAAGGAGCCCAAGAAACCAGCAUAUGCUGGGCUGCCAGUAGAUGAGUCAAGCACUGCCUGGAUGGACGUCAUGGACGAACCAAUGACAUUCUCUGAUGAAGAAGAACCAUCCAAGGAAGCCCCAGUUGAAAAGGUACCUAUUCCUGAACCCGUUACAACAUCAACUGCAGAGACAGUCGUUGAGCCUGAAAAGGUUGAAUCUUCGGUGUCAGACGAUACCAAGACAACGGUUACAGUCACAACAACAACUACUGUGAAGGAAACUGUCAGCGAAUCUGUACUACCAGUUGAGCCAAAGGCUGUGGAAGCCGAGAUGAAACCCGAGGAGCCCAAGAAACCAGCAUAUGCUGGGCUGCCAGUAGAUGAGUCAAGCACUGCCUGGAUGGACGUCAUGGACGAGCCAAUGACUUUCUCAGACGAGGAAGAAUCAACCAAGGAAGCCCCAGUUGAAACGGAACCUGUUCCUGAACCCAUUACAAUAACAACUACAGAAACAUUCACAGAGCCCGAAAAGAUUCUUGAAUCUUCUGUGUCAGAAGACACCAAGACAACUGUUACAGUCACAACAACAACUACUGUGAAGGAAACUGUCAGCGAAUCUGUACUACCAGUUGAGCCAAAGGCUGUGGAACCGGAACAGAAACCCGAGGAGCCCAAGAAACCAGCAUAUGCUGGGCUGCCCGUAGAUGAGUCAAGCACUGCCUGGAUGGACGUCAUGGACGAGCCAAUGACUUUCUCAGACGAGGAAGAAGAACCAACCAAGGAAGCCCCAGUUGAAAAGGCACCUGUUCUUGAACCCAUUACAAUAACAACAACAGAAACAUUCAUUGAGCCAGAAAAGGUUCUUGAAUCUUCUGUGUCAGAAGACACCAAGACAACUGUUACAGUCACAACAACAACUACUGUCAAGGAAACUGUCAGCGAAUCUGUACUACCAGUUGAGCCAAGGGCUGUGGAACCCGAGAAGAAACCCGAGGAGCCCAAGAAACCAGCAUAUGCUGGUCUGCCCGUAGAUGAGUCAAGCACUGCCUGGAUGGACGUCAUGGACGAACCAAUGACAUUCUCUGAUGAAGAAGAACCAGCCAAGGAAGCCCCAGUUGAAAAGGUACCUAUUCCUGAACCCGUUAUAACAUCAACUACAGAGACAGUCAUUGAGCCUGAAAAGGUUGAAUCUUCGGUGUCAGACGACACCAAGACAACGGUUACAGUCACAACAACAACUACUGUCAAGGAAACUGUCAGCGAAUCUGUACUACCAGUUGAGCCAAAGGCUGUGGAACCCGAGAAGAAACCCGAGGAGCCCAAGAAACCAGCAUAUGCUGGGCUGCCAGUAGAUGAGUCAAGCAAUGCCUGGAUGGACGUCAUGGACGAGCCAAUGACAUUCUCUGAUGAAGAAGAACAAACCAAGGAAGCCCCAGUUGAAACGGAACCUGUUCCUGAACCCAUUACAAUAAUAACUACAGAAACAUUCACUGAGCCCGAAAAGGUUCUUGAAUCUUCUGUGUCAGAAGACACCAAGACAACUGUUACAGUCACAACAACAACUACUGUGAAGGAAACUGUCAGCGAAUCUGUACUACCAGUUGAGCCAAAGGCUGUGGAACCCGAGAAGAAACCCGAGGAGCCCAAGAAACUAGCAUAUGCUGGGCUGCCAGUAGAUGAGUCAAGCACUGCCUGGAUGGACGUCAUGGACGAGCCAAUGACUUUCUCAGACGAGGAAGAAGAACCAACCAAGGAAGCCCCAGUUGAAAAGGCACCUGUUCCUGAACCCAUUACAAUAACAACAACAGAAACAUUCAUUGAGCCGGAAAAGGUUCUUGAAUCUUCUGUGUCAGAAGACACCAAGACAACUGUUACAGUCACAACAACAACUACUGUCAAGGAAACUGUAAGCGAAUCUGUUGUACCGGUGGUGUCAAAGGCUGUGGAACCUGAGAAGAAACCAGAGGAGCCCAAGAAACCAACAUACGCUGGACUGCCCGUAGAAUCAGAGCCCGGUACAUCACAUAAUGAGACAGAUGUUGUUCAACAUGUUGAUCCUGAAAAGGUUGUAGAAUCGCCUGUUAAAGAGAGGGUCAGUGAAAUCCAGCUUCAAGAAAUUUCUGUGGAGCCCGAAGAAAAACUUGCUGAACCAAACGAACCUGCUUCUAUUAUGUUGCCUGCUCUCACUUCAACUCCAGCCAUCAGCGUGUGGGAUCAAAAUUCAUCGUAUGCAAAUGUACUUAAGCACACAAUUAAUUUCAUAGAUGGUGAAAAGAAAAACGUUGAAAAAGUUACGGAUAUUAGUACCCAAACCACAGCACCUGUUCCAAUUUCUGAAGUGGUUGAACAGGUUGCUAAAAAACCCAAAGCAAAGAAAGACAAAAAUAAGAACAAGGCAGUUGUUGAAAACGUAAAGAAACCCGAAAGUGAGGUGAUUGUAAAUGUUUCUCAUUCAACCACAAAGCUAAAAACAGAAGAGCAAAAGCAGGAAACCAAGCCGCAAAAAUGGUCAGAAAUUAUUGACGAUGAGGUUUACAUAAUUCCUGAACAUCCACAACCGGGUAGUCUUGCCUCUUGGUCGUCUAUAGUUCGCCAAGGAGCCGAAGAGCCUUUCACCAAAAUUACCAAAAAGGGCCCCGAACCUGUUAAGGCUAUAGAGCUACCACCAACUGAAGGCCUACCAGAAUUGCCUCCAUCUGACAAUGCAGAGGAUUGUACUCAAGAACAAGUGUCGCCCACAGUUAACGAUAAAAAUAAAAAACAAAAGGCAAAGAAGACGAAGAAAUCAUCAUCAAAAACUGUUGUAUUGGAGCCUGUCACUCAUGUAGAUAUUUCAGAGGCUCAAACGACUCCUGAGGAAGAUAUUUCAUCUCAGACUCAAUUGUGGUCAUCAAUUGUAACACAAACUGUAACUGAAUUCGAAACUGUCUCCUCAACCUCAACUUUCAACCCUGAACAGAAUACGCUCUCCGAUCUUAAUGACAAGCCCAAAAAACACAGUUCCAAAAAGGAAAAGAAACCUUCCAAGCCUCAAAAUGUUCCAAAAUCACCAGUUGAAGAAGUUCAUAAUCUGCCAGGGGUGGAAAAACUGGAGCACACUGAUAAUGUAGAAGUUUCGCCACCCCAACCGCAGUCAUGGUCCUCAAUUGUUUCUCAGACUGUGGACGUUUCUCCCAAAAUAAUCGAAAGUCCUACUGACUUAGUAGCUGAUGUUGUUCCCUCCUCUGAUCAUAUACAGGAAUUUAUUCACAAAGAACAGAGUUUCUCAACCAUUGUAAAUGACAAAACCAAGAAACCCAAAUCAAAGAAGGACAAGAAGCUGUCGCAGAUCGAACCUCAACCAGAACCAGCUGUGGAAAAAACUAAUGUUGUUGAGGAAAAACAAGAAGUAAUCAAGCCAAAGUUAGCCGAUAACAUAGAAGAAACUCAAUCGUCAGCUCCAUCGUGGUCAACAAGUAUUUCUCAAACUGUUGAAGUUUCUCCAUUAAUACCAGAAUCUAAUCCUAGUGAAAUAAUAAAUGUUGGUGCAGUUCCAUCCGCGCAAGAAAUAAAGGACUUCAUCCAUAUGGAGCAAAACUUCUCCACCUCUGUGAAUGACAAUCCUAACAAACAAAAGCCCAAGGAGGAGUCGCUUGCAAAGGAACAUGUUGCUAAAACAGCUCCUGUCAAAGAACUGGAUAAACAGAGCCAACCAGAACCAGUCGAAACUACAGUAGAAAUUCCAUCACAAACUCAGUCAUGGUCUUCAAUUGUGUCCCAGACAACAGUUACAGAAACUCAUCAUACAGGAUCGAAGCCCCAACAUACUCCUUCAGUUCCUGAAGUGAAAGAAGUCGUCCUGAAGGUGGAAGAUAUCCCAGUUCCUGUUAAAGAGAAAUCUAAGAAACAAAAGUCAAAGAAGGAGAAGAAGUUGCCACAGGUCGAAGAUCAUCAUGCAUCAAUUGAAGAAAAAUCAGUUGUUGUUGAGGAAACCGAAGAUGUAGUCGAAUCGAAAUCAAUAGAGCGUGUUGUAGAUACCGAAGGUCCAACUCUUUCUUGGUCAUCAAUAGUUUCACAAACGGUCGAGGUUCCUGUAACAAUUACUGAAACUGUGCGAACUGCAAUAAUUGCUGAACCAGCUCCUUCCACCCAUGACAACAUACAGGAUUUCAUUCACAAGGAACAGAACUUCUCAACUGUUGUGAACGACAAGCCUAAGAAACAAAAGUUGAAAAAGGAAAAGAAAUCCCGUCAGACAGAAAAGGAAGUUGAACCAAUGGUUGUAGAAACUGUCCUUGUCCCAGAACUGGAGAAACAGAAGGAACCGGAAACAACUGAACUUGUUGUAGAUACGCCAUCCCAAUCUCAGUCGUGGUCAUCAAUUGUUUCACAAACAAUAACAACUACAACUCAUCAUACCGAUAUUAAACCUGAAACAAUUUCCUCCAUUCGUGAUGUGCAAGACUCGAUUCCCAAAGAACAAAACAUCUUUACUUCUGAUAAUGUUAAACCAAAGAAGCAAAAGUCAAAGGAGGAGAAGAAAUUGCUGCGAGACGAAAAUCAGCGAGAACCAAUUGUGGAGAAAGCAAUAGUUGUUGAAGAGCCACAAAAAGUCGAUCAGCCAAAAUCAGCAGAAAAUAUUGCAAAUACGGUUGAAGCUCCUCCAGCUAUUACUGAAACUGAUUUAGGUGAAAUAAAACCUCAAUCGGUUCCUUCAACGUUUGACAUACAAGACUUCAUUCGUACAGAGCAGAGCUUCUCAACCUCUGUGAAUGACAUUUCCAAGAAACAAAAGUCCAAGAAGGAGAGGGCGCAUAAGGCGGAACAUGUCGCUGAAUCCGUUAAUGUGGAAUCAACUCCUGUCAAAGAACUAGAAAAGCAGAGUCAAUCAGAACCAGUCGAAACCAUAAUAGAGACUCCAUCACAAACUCAGUCAUGGUCUUCAAUUGUGUCCCAGACAACAGUUACAGAAACUCAUCAUACAGGAUUGAAGCCCGAAGCCCCUUCAGUUCCUGAAGUGAAAGAAGUCGUCCUGAAGGUGGAAGAUAUCCCAGUUCCCGUUAAAGAGAAAUCUAAGAAACAAAAGUCAAAGAAGGAGAAGAAGUUGCCGCAGGUCGAAGAUCAUCAUGCAUCAAUUGAAGAAAAAUCAGUUGUUGUUGAGGAAACCGAAGAUGUAGUCGAACCGAAAUCAACAGAGCGUGUUGUAGAUACCGAAGCUCCAACUCUAUCGUGGUCAUCAAUAGUUUCACAAACGGUCGAGGUUCCUGUAACAAUUACUGAAACUGUGCGAACUGAAAUAAUUGCUGAACCAGCUCCUUCCACCCAUGACAACAUACAGGAUUUCAUUCACAAGGAACAGAAAUUCUCAACUGUUGUGAAUGACAAACCUAAGAAACAAAAGUCGAAAAAGGAAAAGAAAUCACCUCAGACAGAAAAGGAAGUUGAACCAAUUGUUGUAGAAACUGUCCUUGUCCCAGAGUUGGAAAAACAGAAGGAACCGGAAGCAAUCGAAGUUAUAGUAGAUACGCCAUCUCAAUCUCAGUCGUGGUCAUCAAUUGUAUCACAAACAAUAACAACUACAAUUCAUCAUUCUGAAAUAAAUCCAGAAGUAGUUUCCUCUGCUCCUGAUGUCGAAGAUUUGAUUUGCAAGGACGAGAAUAUCCCAGUUCCUGUAAAUGAUAAGCCUAAGAAGCGAAAGUCAAAGAAGGAAAAGGAAUUGCCCCAAGAUCACCACCAAGAUCAUAUUGUGGAAAAGACGACUGUUGUUGAGCCUAAAGAAAUAAUUGAUACAAAAUCGGUAGAUAGUGUUGUAGAUACGGAUUCUUUAACUCAAUCUUGGUCAUCAAUUGUUUCACAUGCGGUUGAGGAACCUCACACAAUUACUGAAACAGCACAAAGUGAAAUAAUAACUGAACCAGUUCCCUCGACACAUGACACCAUAAAGGAUUUCAUUCAAAAGGAACAGAAAUUCUCAACCGUUGUAAACGACGAGCCUAAGAAACAAAAGUCUAAAAAGGAAAAGAAGUCGCCACAGCCCCAACAUGAGGCUGUACCAGCUGUUGAGGAAACUACCCUUGUCAAAGAACUGGAGAAACAGAAGGAACCGGAAACAUUCGAAUCUAUGGUAGAUACGCCAUCUCAACCUCAGUCCUGGUCAUCUAUUGUUUUACAAACAAUUACAACUACAACUCAUCAGACUGAGGUUUUGCCAGAAACAGUUGACUCCAUUCCCGAGGUACAAGACUCCGUUCAUAAAGAGGAGAACAUUCCAGUCCCCAAGAACGAUAAACCCAAAAAGCAAAAGUCGAAAAAGGAGAAGAAGCCUUCCAAGGCAGUGCCCGCUUCAGAAAUAGUUCCCCACAUGCCUACAAAAACCGAAGCACCUAAAAUUGACGAAAGAACGGAAUCUUCUAUAGUAUUAGAGAAUGCUCCAAAUACCUUGUCAUGGUCGUCGAUCGUUUCACAAGCGGUUGAUAUUCUCCCAACAUCACAAGAGCUUAUUUCCCACGAACAACAAAAAUUACCAGAAGUACUAGAAAGACCACAAAAGGCCGAAAGACCAAAACCAGAACAAGUUUCCAAAGCGGUUGUCGAGGAACUGACUAGUGUAAUAAAAGAGCCUGCUAUCGUUACUGAUGAAACACCAUCUCAAACUCAGUCGUGGUCAUCAAUGGUAUCGGAAUCAAUCGAUGUACCGUCGUCCCAUAUCAUACAGGAAUUUAUCCACAACGAGCAAAAGUUGACACCAAAUACGGAUCACAAUACGAUGAAGCAAAAGCACAAAAAGGAAAAGAAGUCCAUCAAAGUGGAGAAUGAGCCCAAACCAACUAUUGAAGAAACUACUGUUGUUCAUGAAGUAAGGCCCAAAAUAGAGCCAGAGCCUGCAUUGGUUCAGCAUCGCGAAACGGUUGAAAUCACAACACCUGAUUUUAAUAUUCAAUUGCCAAAAACGAAGCCCUCUGUAUGGUCCCUAUCCGAAACUUAUGCUGAAGUCCUUAAAAAGACUGGUUACGAAAACAACACAAACAUUCGCUACCAGGAUACUGAGCCUAAACGUCUAAGUAGCAUUGAGAACAUUGAAAAAGAACAUAAAAAUUUAGCCGUCGAACGACCACAAGGUUCGUCUAUUGUCUGCGUUGAGGAGUUCCCAGAUCCUGUUAUUCCUGCGUCUGUUGGUAGAUUCGAAGAUGAACCAGUUGAAUAUUCUGAUAAGCCAUCAACAUUGUCAUGGAAGGAAAUCAUGGAUGAAGAAGUGGAUACGGAUAUACCGGCAUGGUCUUCUGUUGUUUCAAAAGAAACUAAUAUCAAUACAGAACCAAUCAUUGAAAGACAUUCUCGCACAAUCAGUCGACCGAUUAUACAAGUGACCGAAGUAAGUAAAACCGAAGAACAGGUCAAGCCACAAGAUGAGCAAGGUUUCCUCGAAAUAACUUCAAAGAAACGAAUUCGUUCUCGAUCACGUUCACAACAGUCGCAAAGUUCCAAUGUGGGAGAAAAGCCACAAAAGAAAAAAUCUAAAAAACCAAAAGAAAACAAACCAACGAAGCCUUCACAAAUUUAUGCUGAUCAUGUUAGUGUAAUAGAACCGGCCAAAAAUAUAAUUAUUCCAACUACUCCAACAGAGGAAGACCAUAGCCAAACUACUCCCGCUCCAAUACCGAUCACAUCGGGUAUGUCAUGGGCAGCAAUCGCUGCACAUAAUGUUCCAGAACCAGCACAGCAAAUUCGUCUCCUUCAAAUUGAAUCUACAGAUAAAAUUGUCGACAGCGUAGAGAAGCAUCCAAAGAAAGAUAACACAGUCAGUAUACCACUUACAUUAGAGACGGAACCAAAAACUAAGAAACCAAAACAAAAACCGAAGAAGAAACCUGCAAGUGGUAUUGUUGAUUUUAUAAAUGCUGAAAAGGAAAGUACGCAAAAGUCUAAGGUACCAGAGCAUAGACAAGACCCAACUCCUCAAGAGCCCCUGAAACCCGAACCAAUGAAAGAAACUGUUGAAUCUAGUGAGAAGGUGGAAAAUGCUCCAAAACCUGAGCCGAUCGCUAUUGCAUCAGUUGAUUUAGCAGAGCCCAUUACUGAGCAGACACCGUUGGCUCCAUUUACAACUACUGAAGAAUCCACUACGACCGUGACCUUAAUUGAGGAAAAGGCCAUACCAGCGGAUGUCGUGUCUGUUGAGCAAAAGGAGCAAAUUCCUGUUAUUUCAGUUGAUAUAGUCCAGCCAAUCACCGAAACAACACUUUUGGCUCCAUUCGAAAUUACUGAGGAACUCAAAACCACAGUUACUUUAGUUGAGAAAACAAUUGAAGCUAUUUCGGAACAACGUAAAACUCCUUCCGAAGAUUUGGAAACAGCUGUUGCACCACUUGAUACAGUUGAAAUUAUGGAGCAAACACCUUUAGCUCCAUUCAAAUCUGUUGAAGAGAUCACUACCACAGAAGCAAUAUUUGAAGACAAGCCUUCGCCAACAUCAAUCGAAACUGUGUUGAAACAUGUAGACACCGUUGAGCCACCAGAAACUCCAGUAGUUUCCGUCGAUAAUAUUGAACAAACUAUUGAACAGGCACCUUUGGCUCCAUUUAAACCUACGGAAGAACCAAAUUCCAGUGACGCAUUUAUAUGCGAGACAUCCUACUGGUCUGCCACAUUGAAACCUGGUCAAAAAGCAGUAACAACUACUGAUGAAGUCGUCGAACCCAUUCCAGACGAAAUUAAGGAGGAUGCUCCAAUUACAGUUGAAAUACCCAUAGAUAAUACCCUUGCAGAAGUUGCAGUACAGUCUCCAACAGAUCAGCCAACGACGUGGUCUGCUAUUGUUCAAACUGAAACAAAGGUAUUCCCGUCGCCAGCUAUCAAGGAAGAGGCUGUUGAUGUGCCUGCAUGGUCCACUAUGGUUGUUAGCAAAACAACAGACUUCCAAGAUCCUAAACAGCAACAAGAUCUUGAGAAUCAGGAAACAACGACAACUACAAUAACCAAUACAACCUACGUUACAACAACAGUCACAACACACAAAGAUGUGAAACCCACUGAGGAACAACCAACUUCGUACGUAUCAACCGUAGUGACAACUCAUUCAAAUGAGCUGACAGUUGAGCCCGAAUCCACGGAAACAAGCGUUAAGUCUGUAGAGCCAGCUGCUCCCAGCAGUUUGGAUAUUCUAAGGAAAAACCUACAGCUUGACUCAAAUCUACAAUAUCCCAAAUAUAACAAUGCGGAAACGCAGUAUCAACUAUUAAAGCAGAAUAAACCCAAGGAAAUUGAUGCUGUGGAGAUAACAGAGUUACCCAAGGAGGAAACAUUUAUAAAUGAUUAUGUGAUAAUUGAACCCGAAGCAAUGCCCGAAAUUAACUCGGAAAUUCUUGCUUACAAUUUGUACCUUGAUAGAGAAACGCUUUUGCGUCCCAUUCCCAAUGAUACCAUUAGUCAGUUGCAUUUAUUGAAGAUAGAAAAGCCUGUUGAACCCAAAGUAGAUACCAGAGUUGAGGAAGUGUCGCCUGUGGAAAUGCCACAAGCUAAGGCUGAGGAAAUUGUUUCAGAGAAAACGCUGAUUCAACCUACAGCUGAAAUAGUAACUGAAGUUGAGGAAAUAACGAUAGUCAAACCCAAACCUGAAAUAGAGAAAGUAAUACUCGUUGAUAGCUCGUUGGAAUCGAAUUCAACACCCUUAGCGUCCAUAUCCUUAGCUCGCAAACCAAGUGAACUACUCUGGCAUCUCAGUCAGGACAACUUCCCGAAGUAUAGGCCAACGGCUGAAGAUGCUUACGGACUAUUUAAGACAAUUACCAGCGACUCGACCAAGACGGAUACGGAUACAGAGAAAACUCAGGAAACUCAGGACGAUAAGCAUAAGACUGACAUCAUUACUGAAACUGUAGUGAAAACGACCACGAUUACAGAAUCAAGCAAAUUGAUAACUGAUCACGUUGUAGAUAAGACUGAACCAGAAGCAUCGUCAAUUGUAAGCAUUCCUAACGUAGAAGUGCCGGCAACAGCACCUGUCAGUAGUCUCGAUCAGUUGCGUCUAAACCUGUACCUGGAUGACUGGCAAAUGCGCAGCAUCGAUGCAGAUUUAUUCGAGAGUAGCAUCGACCGACUGAAACGUGCUGAUGUGGCGGACAUUGAUACAAAACUUGACAAAGACACGAAACCCGACGAUGAUAUCAACAAACCAGACAAAAAGGACGAACACAACGAUGAUGACGAUGACGAUGACGACGACGACGAUGACGAUGAUGAUGGAGAUAAACUGACUGUGCCUGAAAUUCGUAAGCCGCAUGACGACGACGAUAAACCGAACGACCGCGAUCCUGGUAGUGGUAGCAGUGGCAAUGCAACACCGACACCCGAACACGACGCAGCUCAAUUCGAACCCAAUCAGAGCUGCUCCUCAGAGUACAUGUCAACCGAUUUGCCAGGCGGCGUAGGUCACUGGCGGGACCAAAGUACUUACUUGGCUUUAGAAGCUGAACCUCAGAUUAAACUAGAAUUGGCACCAACAACAGUAGAGUCUAAGGAUGUUCUAACCGAAACUAAAACCCCAGAGCUGGCACCCUCUGUGCCAUCUAAACCAGACACGUCCCCAACUACUACUACACCCGAAACAAGUCCCACACCAUCCAAUGCUACUACAAACUCAGCUAACGUUGCAAAUGCACUAAUCCAAUUGGCGAGCGCCACAACUCACACGCUGAACGCGGCUGCCAAUGCGGCGGCAACAGCAACAAAAACGACAACACUGGCAGCGACGAGCGCGAUUCUGCCAGUUGCAGCAGCCGUAAUUAAUAAGCUUACGGCCCAGACAACAACACCGACAACAUCCGUGGAGACAAUAGCAGCCCAGCCCGUGCAGCAGCCGGAGCCGCAAGAGCUCACAGCAACUGCUGCUGUUGAGUCGCCUUCGGUUGCUGCCAGCACACCAGCAACAGUUGCCGAAAUGACAACGACAACAACAACAACAGAAAGCAGCGAACACGGUGAGCCAGACCUUGGGUCUGCUCCGACAAAUGACAACACAAAUAUCGUGAAGCGCACUGUAGUAACAACUACAACGGUAACAACAACAACAACCAGUGAAACGGCAGCAGCAACACCUGGCAGCAGCAACACAACGACUACGACAACAACAACAACAACUAGCAACGAUUUGCAACAACAACGCCAGAAGGAUAUAAUCACGCAAGAACUCGAAGAACUGCUACAAUCGCUAUCAACCGUCGAGGAUGGCAUUGGAAAUAUGAGCCACAGCAGCUUGGAGGGCAUGCUACAAGGAUUGAAGCUAAUCCAAAGCAAUCUGCAAGUACAUGAGAAGGAAGCGCUACAUCUCAAGGAUCAAGCAAAGGCAUUGCCCACAGAUCCUGGCACAGAGCGAUUGCUUAACGAGACCGCAGAUCGCAUCGAUCUGCUGCUGAGGCGCACACAGCAAGGCAUUACCAUGAUAGCCAACGCCAUGCAUGGACAGAAGAAGCGUGAGCAGGAGAUCGACGAGUACCAGCGGCAUUUAUUGGAGCUGGAACGCUGGAUCAAUGAGGUUUCCGCUGAAUUGGCCUCGUUCGAGCCCACAACGGACAGCAGCACCGAUGAGCACGUGCUCAAGACUCAGGUGGAGCGUAGUCAGCAAUUGCUGCGCACUCUAAAGGAGCGGCAACAGUCCAUGGAUGAUUUGGUCGACCAAACACGAGAGCUUCAGGCUCAUCCCGACGUCGCCCCAUUGGCCGAUACGCUGAUGGAGCAACUGCAGAGCAUUCUAAUCAUAUUACGUGAACAGAUCACCGUUGCGACCACGCGAAUCUUUACCAUUGAGAAACGCAUCGUGGAUCUGCGCAAGGCCAAGAGCGAAGAUGCCCAGCGGCAGCGCGUGCUGGCGGAUGCCCUAAUACAGGCACCAAUUGCUGCAAGUGCAGCGCCUGAAUCCAUAGAGUCCAAUGAAAACACUCUAGACUCCAGCUCAAUGCCUGAGGAGGAGAUCAAGCCCGCGGGCGUUUAUGUGGAAACACAGACAUCGCUGAGCUUGCAACAGCCUCAGCCGCAGAUCGCCACGAGCAAUGUGGAGGCGCAGACUAGCUUCCGGGAACCGCAACCCGUGUUGGCCAUAGAAACCGCCGAGGUAGCACUGCAAACACUCAAGGAGCGUCCACCCACGGAAAACAUAAUGGUCACUCAAACCGUACAGCAUGGUCAGGAGACAAUACAGAUUGACACCCAGCUGAAUGAAAAUGUACCGGAACAGACCGAGGAUGUGCAGAUAGAGGCGCGUUACCAUCAACAACCCAAAGGCGAUGUGGAUCGUGCCACCGAGCUGAUACUUAAGAAUGUGCCGCAGGCUUUCGAAACUACAUUUGUCGAACCAGACGAAACCACUACCGAGGUGGUUGUGGGCGCCGAUGGCACCAAGCAUAUUGUCUUGAAAAAGGUCACCCGGGUGCGUCAGCAAAUUGUGCAACAGCAACAGAUUAGUUCCAUUGAGACAGUAAGUGAUGCCGAUGGCAAUAUCGAAGUGCAGUCAACAGGCCAGAUAAAUUUGGAGAAUGUGAAGACCACAGACACGAUUGCUGAUCCACAACAGAGUACUUACCGCACCGUUGUAACGCAGCAAACGCGUGGCACCCUGUUGGAUGGCUCCCAGCCAGAGACUGUGACGGUCAGUGAGUUCGAGACAGAGCCUGUGAUUGAACAGUAUGAGCAGCUGUUAUGCUCCGAUGCGGAUGGCAAAAUGCAGCCAUUCCGAGCGGCAGCUGGACAGUCUACACCAGAUAGUCAGGGUACCAGAAUACAAGCUGUAAUGCAGCAGGUGACCCGUAAGAUAAUACGUAAGACCCGAAAGAUAAUCAAACGUGUGGUCAUCAUUGAUGGCAAGGAGCAUGUGACUGAGGAAGUGGUUGAGGAGCCCGAGGAGAUUGAGGUGACUGAGGAGCAAACUAUGCCACAUAUCGAUGUCAAUAUUGUACGCACGGUGAAUGGAAAAGUGGUGAGCGAAGAGGAAUUCCAGCGUAUGAUGCAAGAGCCAGGCGUGGUCAUCGAAGAAGUUGCAACGGAUCUGUCAUCACAGACAGUAGAACCGCAGCAACAGGUAUUUGAUAUUGAGUCUAUCAACAUCUCCAACACCACCACCACAACCACACAACAAGAACAACCACUCGAUAAACAGACACCACCACCAACAACAACAACAACUGCAAUUACAACAGAAACGACAAAAGCAGCACCUGUAGAAUUGCCAGCACCACAAGUAGACAUUGAAGAAAUCGUAAAUGUUGCCCCAAUCAGUCCCGUUAAUGUUGCAGCAGCGGCAGUAACUGUACCUACAGCACCUGUACCUACCACAACAACGACAAUCACAGCUACAACAAUAGAGAGUCUGCCUGUGGUGGAAGACAUCAAGGAAAUUUGGCCACUGGAACAUCAUUUGCAAACCACAAACAUCGAUUUCUCGGAGCAUGCCGAAGAUCUGGCAGCGCCAGCUGCUGUCAGCACAGAGACAUCAAUGCCCGUGGAAACCAUUUGGCCAAUAAGUCCUGAAACUGGCAACUCUGUCUCCCUGGAAUCGUAUGCAUUUGAGCCAGCGUCACCAACAGCUGUUAGCAUCAAAUCCGAAUCUGAGCAGACACCACAAAAGACUGAUACAACACCGGAGCAGCCAGUGGUUAAACCCAAAACUGAUGUAGAAAGCUUCCUAGCAGCUGAACAAGCACAAGCUCAAACCGAACCAAAAGCUGAUAUAACAGUACCAGCCGAGCAAGCACAACCACAAACGGUAGCGAUUGAAGAAACUGUCACAGAAGUGCCACCCAUUAACAUCGCCGAUAAACAGUCCGAUAUACCUCAAAAGGAUAUACGUGUGGCCACCCAGCUAUUCAUUUCUGAAGAGGCAGCCGCCUCAGCGUCGCCACGCAAGACUUACCAGAUUACAGCGCCUUCUGUGGAAGCCACUGGAGCUGGUGUACUCAAGGUGGCCAUGGGAGCGGCCUCAGAGCUUGUUGAAUCCAUUGGCAUGUCACCCGCUAAGGUGACCAUGAGUAUUGUGGAGACUGUCGCAGCGCCCCUGGAACACGACGAAGACGCGUCCACGAAGCGAAGUCGAAAGAAAAAGAAGAGAAGAGAUGAGGAAAAAUCGAAGAGUGAACAAUUACCAGAACCAGAGCCGGAGCCAGUAGAGGCAUCGCAUGCGCCGCUCUCACCCGAGAGCUCGCCACGUAGUGACACCAUCAAUCCGAAAUCGGCAGACAAAGUUUGCUACGAAUCGAUUGUGCAGAUUAGCGAAGAGAGUGACUUGUCGAGCAUGGAUAUGGGUCAAACCGUCAAGGUGGUUGAAGAUUCGAUUAUACCCUCACCCACAGAGCAAUCACGUACUCCAAUUACGGAACUGGUUAUACCCACGGAGGUUGUCGAGCUGGCAGCACUUGAAGAUGAAGAGCAGCAAACGAGUCCGCGUGCGCCCACGCCAACAACUGCUGAACAGGAUAUUAAAUCUUCGCAGACAUCACCACAGCAUAAACCCGAGCUGGAUGAAACAGCAGUACAAACUAGCCUAGAUGUACGUCCGGAUAACCAGGAGACCGAAUCGCAAACGAUCAUUGUGGAAAUUACCGAAACCGAAGCUCAGACAACACCACGCGGCGACGACCAACCUGAGCCCGUCGAAACAUUUAGCACAGAAAUUCAAACCGACGAGAAUGGUCAACCCCGGCAAACCGUCGAAAUUUCUAGCCAAACCAUUGUAACGGCAACAACCGAAAAGGAGCUGCAAACCACGCCCAAGGAAUCGCCGCGCCUAGCUGAAUCAAGUAGCGACCACGUGGUCCAGCCACUUGUUAAGGAUUUGGUUAAAGACAUGACCAUCGACUUGCCUGUGCCCACAAAGGAACAGUCUACCGUCACAGAGGUUACCACCACCAAGGAGACUCACAUGCAAACAGCAACGCCAGAGCCAACGGAAUUGAGCAGGCCAGAAGCCGUAGAUGUGAGCGAUGUUCUGGUGCAGACCACGCCACGUGAGGAGCCACAGCCAAUUUCGCUUGAAGACAAUUCCUUGACCGCCACAUCUACUUCAGAGCCCUACGAGCUGGAGGUGAAAACCACAGUGGCCAUACCGGCCGAUUCCGAUGCAUCUACAGUGGAGCCCACGCUAUAUGAGUACACUCAAACCAUGCAGCUGCCUAAGCCAGAAAAGAAAAUGAAAAAGGACAAAAAGGACAAAAAGAAACAGAAGGGCAAGUCUGUGCCGGAGCCAACGCCAGAGGCGGAUCCACAAAUCAGUGUGACCGUAGAAAUUGCACCCGAACUGCUGACUGAAUCUGGAAUAGUACUCUCCACCAAUCAGACAAUCGAAGAGGUGCCACAUCUGCCGCCAGUAGCCGACUUUGAGCCCACCGAAGCUGAUCCGCAAAGGCCACAGCGUGUGCAAUUGCAAAUCACAAAGACUACAGUCUACGAUGAAUAUCCUGAUUUGCCGGUACAUAUUCUCGAACAGAACAAAGUAAGCAUUGCCUCGCAACAGCAAGGCAAGCCACGCAGUGGACCCACAUCUUCGGUGACGAUUGAGGAGGUUGCUUCGCCAACAGAGGAGCUGGUGGUGCCCAUUACGCCGGGUCCAGAUAAUCUGAACGAAGAAAAUAUAUGGCUAACGACAACGACCAGCUCGACUGUGGACAGCACACCGAUGGAUUCCUCUGAAGCGCUCAUCAAGAGCGAGAUCUUGCAGCUGUAUCCUGGUAAACAACAACAACACGAACAGCAAUCGAAGCUGACCUGGGCAGAGACCAAGGAGGCAAUUGGGAGUCGCAUAAGGCAACUGAAGCAGGCGACGCCACAGCAGUCAACACCACUGAGCGAUGUCCUUCACCUGGCCACACUAUCCGAGCAGAUCAAGCAGGUGCCCACCGAACAGCGCAUGCUGGAGGUCUCCGAAGGAUUACAGAACUUGGAUGUGGCAAUAAACAGUGGAGAUAAGACGAUUAUACACACCACAGUCAUAACAGUCAUUGAAAAGGUGUCCACCUGGCUGGAAACCAUCGAGUAUCGCGUGUAUCUCAUACGGCAAAACUCCAAUGAAGGUCCCUCGGAACAGAAGCUGGACAACUACAAUCAGCUGAACGAGGAACUGCACACAAUCAAAGCGAAUGUCAACCAGCUCGAGUCAGAGCUCGUCCAAACGGAUAAGCCAACACAGUCGGAGCUGCUGCAAUAUGUGGACACGCUCAAAGAGCACAUCGAUGCUGUGGAGCAGGUGACCCAACAUAGUCAGGCCCAGGAUAGCAAGGAUCUGGACAAGUGGCACAACUUUGAGCUGCUCUACAGAGAAGUUUCUACAUCGUUGGAUUUCCUGCAACAACGGUACGACCAGGCUCUCAGCGGGGAGCAUCCGCUCUCCCAAAAGCUGGCACUUCUCGAUGAGCUGGACCGGGAGCAUACGGCAGGCCAGCAGCAGUUGGGUCAACUGAUGCAGACUGCCCGCUACUUCCAGCGCGACUUCCCAAAUAAGAAAAUUCCACAGAAUGUGUACAACGCCUUCGAGAACAGCAAGAAUAUUGGCAACAACAUCGAGGCAGAGCGUGAUCGUCUACUCCAGCUGCAGUCACUGGCCGAGGAGUACGAGCAGACGCUCAAGGAGUUCACGAAUAUCACUGUGCUGGCCGACAAAAUGAUGGAGAGCCCCAUUGUGUCAAGUUCCCUGGAGCUGCUCAACAACGAGGUGCAAAAACAGCGCAAAUUCUUUGUCAAUCUGAGCCACUGUCGCGCCAUGCUAGAGUCGCUCGAGGAGAACAUUGAUAGCGAGACGCGCGAGAAGCACUCGGAGCUGCACAAGCAGCUCUACCAGAAAGCCACCCAGCUGCUGGAGCGUGCUUCGGAGCGUUCCUCAAAGCUGGUGCAAGCCGCCUCGCGCUGGACAGUGCUGGAGAAGGGCAUGCGCGAUGAGCUGCAGUGGUUGCAGGUGGCACAGCAACGCGUGCCAGAUCUGUCGGCGGUGACCUCCGCCGAUUACGAUCAGUAUGCGACGCUCUAUCAAUCCCUUAGCAAUGACAUCUCGCAUCAUUAUGUCAAGAUGACCCAGCUCUCGGGCAUUGCCAACAAAAUGCAGCUGCUGGUGCAGGCUCCCAAUUUGGUUGAGGAAUCGAAUGAUGCCCUCAUUGUGCUGCUCAAGCUGCGCGAGGAGGUGGCGCUCUACUUGCAUCGCCUGCUGGUCUUCAAGGAGAUCUGGGUGCAGUACGAACAGCAGACAGAGAAAAUGGAAGCGUUUGUACGCGAAGCGGAGCAGGAACUGCGCCAAAUCCAAAUACCCACACAACCCACAGAGGAGCCCAUACCCCAUAUGCGGCAAUUCUGGGAGAUAAAGGCGCGCUUCGAGCUGCAUAAUAACAUACGCAACGAUGCGGGUCACAGUCUAGAGAAAUCCCUCCAAGUCAUACCACUGGCCGACGAAAUGCUCCAACGCCAGUUCCAUGCGCAACUCGAGGAUCGCUGGCAAGCGGUGGCCCAGGCCAUUGAGCUGAUACAGCACAACAUUGUGGAGUGCCUGUCCUCGGAGGAUAUGCCCGCUGAUGAGAAACUCAAGCUGGUGGAGCGCGAGCUUCAGGAAAUCUAUCUGACCAUGACCAGCAUGAAGGGCGUUAUCAAAAACGAGGAGGAGCUCUGCUUGUACAUUGAACGUGUCCAGGUGCUGCGCACACGCGUUGGCUUCAUUGGCAACGAACUGGGCCGCAUUGGACUCCAGGAGCCGGCAAUUGAACCAGAAAAAGUGGGCGAACUCUUUGCACUCUCGCACAAAAUAACCACACAAAUUUCCGAAGAGCUGGAGUUUGCCUCCGUGUUGCGAGAUCAGCUGCAGGCCAUACACGAGGGCAUCAGCAACCAGCGCAAGCAUCAGGCCAAAAUCUCUGUUAUAUUGGAUGAAUGCGAAUCUGCCGAACGUCAAGGCGCGGAUAUCAUAGAGAAAGCCGUUGCCGACUGCCAGGGUGCGGGCGAGGAGCUCGUUGCCAGCUGGCAGGAGAUAAUGCGCUUACGCCAAAUGCUGCACACGCUGCCCAUGCGGCUGAAGAUGUCCGUGUCGCCGGUGAAGCUGGAACGGGACAUUUCCCAGCUGCAGGAUGACCAUGCCUUCCUCGAGAGCAAGUGCACCAAUAUUAUGGCCAUACUACGUAAUCGUUUGGCCUUAUGGCUACGCUACGAACGUCAGCUGGAACUGGUGCAUGACUCUGUCCAGGAGACGGACUUUAUGAUGGAACUGAUACGCGUGCACGGCCAGGUCGACUACGAACGGCUGCGUAAGGCCACCGAAAGAUUAGAGGGACUUGCGGGCGAUCUGCACAGUCGCGAGCAGCUCUUGGACGAGCUCAAGGGCGCCGCCAAACCGUUAAUCGAGAGUUGCGAUGUGCAAAUUGUCGAGCAAAUUGAAUCGUCCGUGCAGGAUGCGGUAGUCGCCUGGAAUGAUACCACCGAGAAUCUGCAACAGCUUUGCACACGCUAUCAGCGGGCCGUCGAGCUCUGGGACAAAUAUCGGAACGCCUCGGCAGCGGUCAAGAGCUGCAUCGACCAGCAAAUGGACAGCGUCAAGUCCUUCGAGCAGCCCUUGGAUGCCAUGCAACAUGCCAAGGUCUGUCAAGACAAUCUGAGCACACAGAAUGAUCGUCUUCUGGAGCUGCGCGACAUUGUGGCCAAGAUAGCCGCCGAUGUGGGUCUGGAUGCCUCUUCGCUAAUGCAGGGCGAACUGGAUGCGCUGGGCCAGCGUUUGGCCGAAUGCAAGGAUGCGAUAACGACGCUGGCGAAUGUGGCCGAGACACAGGAUAAGGAGCGCAAGGAGCUCGACAAGGAGGUGACACAGGCCAAGGUUUACUUCAACAAUGUGCAGCAGGAUAUUGCGCGCGGCGAGCCGAAAACGCCCAAGGAGAGCGAGGAGCAGCUGGCCGCGCUGCGAGCCCAUCUGCAGACGCUGGCCCGCACCGAGGAGCAGCUGCGUCAGCUGCGUGAACGCCAGCAGAACAACAAUGAGCUGGCGCCGAGUGGCGCUGCCGCUGCCGCUGUUGCCGAUGACAGCAUACUGGAGGUGCUGGCGAUGUGGCAGAAGAUAUUCCAGGAUACGUUCCAGGAGUACCAUCGCUUGUCCACGCGUCUGGCGCGCACCCAGAACAGCUCGGAGGCGUUGCGUUUGUGGCGUCAGUACUUGCAGCAUGUGCAGUCGUUCCUUGCCUGUGCCAUACCCGAGGAUUACAGCAGCCUGCGCGAGCAGCAGCAGCUGUGUGCCAUACACCAGAACCUGCUCAUCUCGCAGCAGAGCGUGCUCGCCGAGACGCCGCUCGAAUCGGAGCUAUCGGAGCAGUACAAGGCGCUGACCAAUCUGCACAACGAGACCCUCUCGCGCAUUAUGCAGCGCAAUGAGGAGCUGGAGCGCCGUGUCAGCGGCUGGAAUGCCUACCGGCAACAAUUGGCCGCUCUGCUCGACUGGCUGCGUCAGCGCGAGGCGGAACGCAAUGCACUGCAGCUGCGCUACAUUCAUCUGAAGCGCGUGCCCCACCUGAAGGCGCGCCUGGACGCAUUGCUGCUGCAGCUGACACGUGGCGAGCAGCAGAGCGCCGCCCUGAAGGCCCAACAGCAGGAGCUGCUCCAGUACUGCGACGAUGCGCUGGCUACCGCGAUGCGCAUGGAGCAGGCGAGCAUCAAUCAGCGUAUAAGCAAUUUGCGUGCCGCCCUCGAGACCUGGCAGAACUUCCUCAAGCGCAUCAAGCAGCUCGGCGAAUCGUACGAGCAGCGUGUGCAGCAAUUGCAGACGGAGUUUGCCAAGGCACAGGAGCUGCUGGACAGCAGCUCGGGUGAUGCACUGCCCACGACGCCAACUGAGAUUGAGCAGCGUCUGGUUGCGCUGAGAGCGCAACGUGUCCAACUGGGCGCACAGACGCCCGCACUGGAGGGUCUGACGGUCAGCCAGGAGGAGCUGAAGGAGUGCAUUAGCCCGCACGACAUGAAAGCCAUACGCCAGCGCAGUUUCCUGCUCUGGCAGCAGCAUGCCGAUCUCGACUAUCAGCUGGCCGUGCUCAUCAAUGCCAUCGAGGAGCGGCUGUCGCUGCUCUCCAACUACCAGGUGCGUUACGAGCGCAUCACGCAGUGGCUGCGCACCCUCGAGGAGCGUGUGGAGCGCGAUGCCGAUGUGGCGACCAUGGCCAACCCGGAACAGGCAGCCAAACAGCUGGAGCAGCAAAUCAAUGGCGAACUCCAGCUGCGCGACAAGGAGCGCGAAUGGCUGCUCUCCACCAGCCGGGAACUGCUGGCUCUCUAUGCGGAUGCCACGCCCCAGGCGCAGGAGGUGCGCAACCAGGUGCAGCAGCAGAGCGAUGCGCUCAUCGAUCGCUGGAAUCGCCUCAAGUUCCUGUGCAAGCAGCGCGCCACAAAGAUUGGCGAACUGAAGCAAACACUGUUGCGACUGGAGGAGCGCAUAGCACUCAUACGUGCCUGGCUCUUCGAUGUGGAGUCGCAGCUGGACAAGCCGAUCAGCUUCGAGAACUACACGCCCAACGUGAUCAAGGCCAAGCUGAGCGAACACGAGCAAAUCCAGCGUUCCAUCGAGCAUCAUAGCAGCAAUGUGGGCGAGGUACUUAACCUGGUCGAAAUGCUGCUCAGCGAUGCGGACAGCUGGCGCACACAGGUGAACACCACCGGGCUGGCCUCAUCGGCGCAGAACCUGGAGCAACGCUGGAAGAACGUGUGCAGCCAGUCGGCGGACCGUAAGGCUCGCAUCCUGGCCACAUGGAAUGCGCUUCAGGAGCUGAUCAAAAUGACCACAGAGCAAAAAUCUUGGAUGGCCAAACAGGAAACCCAACUCUCUGCCUUUGAGCGCGACCAGAAAUACGUGAACAAACAGAAGAUGGACGAGCGCCAGCAGGCCUUGCGCGCCAAGCUGGCCGAACUGGAAGCCGAGUCUGUCCGUCUGCGCCAGCUGGAACAGACGUAUGCCCGCCUAGCAAUGAGCCCUGGCGUCGAGCCCGAGAACAUACAGAAGCUGACGAUGCCCACCAAGGUGAUGCUAAGCAAGUGGCGUCUGUUGACGCCACGCUGCCACGCCCUGCUGGAUGCCAUUGACAAGGAUGCCAAGCUGAUGCGCGACUUCAACACGGCCCAGCUGGAGCUGAGCAAAUCGCUGACAAGCAUACAAAAGGCGCUCGAGCAGGUGCCCAGUGCCGAGGACCAGCAGGCGGCCACGGUGGAGCCAGCGGUGGUGCUGCAACGCUUGGACGGACUGGAGCGCAAGCUUCAGCUGGCCGAGCAGCAGGUACAGCAGGCCGAUGCACUGGGCAAGGAGGCCGAGUUGCGCAACAAACAGCAGCCGCUGCAGCUGAAGCAGCUGCUCAAACUGGUUGCCGAGUACACGACCCUCUGGCAGACGGUGCAGAAGAAUCUGGUGAUUCUCAAGACCAGCUGGCUGGCCCGUGCCACCAAAGAGGGCGCGGCGGCAGUCAGUGAGGCGCAUGCCAGCGUCCAGGUAGAUACGUUGUCGCAGCGCAAGCUGCGCCAGGCGCAGCUGCAGCGGGAAACAUCCAUAACGGCCAAGGAUGCGUACAUCAUGGAACUGAAGACGGCCAUUGUCGAGUGCCAGAACAAUCUGGAGGAGCUGCAGCGCACCAUUGUCGAUAAGACGCGCAAGCCGGGUCCGCAAAAGAUUGCCAAGUUAUUAGGCAACGCCCAGUCAUCCACGGAGCUCAUCAAGCAUCUCAGCCAUUUGCUGUUGACCGAAUGCCAUGCGGACAAUCAAUCGGCCCAGGUGGACACCGUGUCAGAGCUGGCGCUGCGCUUCGAUACGCUGCAGUCGCAGUGGAAGGCGCGCCAACAGCACGAUCAGAAUGCAAGUGAGGUCGGCCGCCUAACGUGUCCGCUCUGCACGCAACGCAAUUGGCAGCAGAUUGACAACGAUCUGUGGCGUCUGGAGCAGUGGCUGCAGUUUGCCGAGAGCAUACAGAAGGCCCAGACGGGACCGCCCUCGAAUAUUGAACUGCUCGAGGAUGUGACACAGGAUCAUCGUGAGUUCUUGCUGGAUCUGGAGAGUCACAAGUCGAUCAUCUCAUCGUUGAAUGUGGUUGGCGAUCAUCUGGCCACACACACCAUGGACACGGAGAAGGCGCGACAGCUGCGCGCACGCCUCGAGGCGGACAACGAGCGCUGGAAUAAUGUUUGCAUCAAUGCCACCAAAUGGCAGGGUCUGCUCCAGACGGCGCUCAUGGGCAACAGCGAGUUCCAUCAGACCAUCGACGAGCUGGUCGAGUGGCUGCAGCGCACCGAACAGAACAUAAAGGCCUCCGAGCCCGUGGAUCUCACCGAGGAGCGCAGCGUGCUUGAGGCCAAGUUCAACAAGUUCAAGGAUCUGCGCGCCGAACUGGAGCGCUGUGAGCCGCGCGUUGUCAGCCUGCAGGAUGCCGCCGAUCAGCUGCUGCGCGCUGUCGAGGGAUCCGAGGAGCAGUCACAGCAUACCUAUGAAAGAACCCUUUCCAGGUUGACAGAUCUGCGCCUCCGGCUGCAAUCGCUGCGUCGUCUCUCCGGCAUUUACAUUGUCAAGCUGGGCGCCGUGCUCGGCUACGAGGGCGACAAUCUGGGCGUGCCGCUGCAAUUGUUGUCGAAUGAGCUUUUGGAUAAUACUACAUUAUCAACCUCUUCUAUGCAGGCCGCCGCACCCAACACAGAAAAUGCAAACCGCACCAGCACCGAUGGCGAUGCUGCCGAUGGCGAUGUCAUCAAUACCACGGUACUGGCCCGCGGUGCACGAUUCCUCGGACGCGUUGCACGUGCCUCCCUGCCCAUACAGGCGCUCAUGCUGCUGCUUUUAGGUGUGGCAACACUGGUGCCCCACGGUGAGGACUAUACGUGCAUGUUCUCCAACACAUUCGCGCGCAGCCUGGAGCCAAUGCUAUCCUAUCCGCACGGCCCGCCGCCAACGUAA